CCCGCUUGCCUGAACUCAAUGGGACUUCAGAUGUAUAGAGCUCAGGAAGUUACCAGAUGAGAAUGCACCAUAAAAUGACCUAUAAAAUGUUCUCUCUUCCACUACUCCUUACACUAUAAUAUGGAAAUGCUCUCCUGAUUCCACCAUCAGCAAUACAAAAUAUUUGUUAGACCUUGGACAAAAAUAUGGUUCUGUUAGGAAGCAGCUAACCCUAUUGGGAGGCAUUCAUCUCAUAUUUCUGGUAUUUGUGCACCAAAAGACAUGCAAUGUAUUAUAAAAGGAAGCAUUUUUUUAAAAGUACUGCUUGCCAGAAUCCUGUUGAUUUUGUGUAUUUUCUUUGGUUUAGCCUUGAUAAACCAGUUCAUCUGGGUCUGUUGUCAUGCACUCUUGCUCAUUCAACAUAUGACACUUGCGUCGCUUGAUUUCCCUUCCUACUUAAAAAAAAAUUAAGCUAUGCUAAGACAGGAGAAGAAAGCUACUAAAUAUAAACGACUGUGACAGGCCUCUUAUGAAGAGGAAGCUUCAGGGGUCAAAGCUAAUUUUAGUAGUUUUUCCUCUCUUUUCCACAGAAGAAUUGUAAAUGCUACGAGGAUGUAUGUGGUUUAAGAACCAGCUGGGUAAUUAAUUGUGCUCCAAUAUUAUUUUUCUAUAAAUGUGGAAAAAACAUAGGAACACAAAGUGCCUUGUGUAUUUAGUACAGUAUUAUAUUUGUGUGUGUGUGAUUUGAGAGCUCCAAAAAUCCCACCGAAAGCCUGUUUCUGGAGUAAGUUUUUUUGUCCCCUUUUAAAAGCAGUAGUACUGUAGUAGAAUUGGUAACAACAACAAUUUUAUUAUUGAUACCACACACCCCUGGCUGGGUUGCUUUGUGUCCCCACGGACCUAUAUAUAAAGGAUUAUCGAAAUAUCUAAAACCUCAUUCCAAAGUUAGAGGGCAGCCUUUUCACCCACAAAUAAAACUGAUGCAACCAGCAAGAUGUGCACACAUCCAGGCGCACCAGAAAUCCUGAUCUAUAAUGUAUUCUCAAGAACAAACGACUCAGUUAAAACCCUUUUUGUAAAGCCCGAAAGGUGGGAGGGCCAAAAGAAAAGCAAACAUCCUGACGUGGGAAUAUCCCUUCCUGUCCUGCACCCAGCCACCCCCAGUCCGGCCCACGUGGCACCUGGGUGGCUGUCCGUCCCAGCUGUCCAGCAAGACUUGAUCGCAAAGGGUCUGACUGGAAGGCGGCGGGGGCGCAGGGGGGGAGCUGCAUCCCUCGCUCUUGGAGGCCGAGAAGAAACAAGGUAAGUAUCGAGCGGAUCCCCCAGGCUGGAUAAAAUCAAGCAACGCUGUGCUGCAAGGUGUCUGUGUGUGUGUGAGAGAGAGCGCGCGCGCAAGAGCGCACCCUCAGGAGGCAGUGGGGAGAUCCUCAGGGAGCUCGCUAAUGUCUACACUGACUGGCAGCUGCUCUCCCGGGUUUCUGACAGGGGACAUUCUUAGAGAUGCCUGGGACUUUGUGCUCUCGAAGCUGCGCGAAUUCAGGCUGAAUUCCAGCAGUCCAAAGGAUCCGGGGCUUGCAAACUGAGGAGGCUAGUCAGGAGUCGCCCUGAAAGAGCCCGGCAGCCGCUAUAAUACUGUUUUUCACCGACGGCGGGGCGGCGCUCGCAAGGGGCACGAAGCAGCAGGUUUUCUCCAGUUCAGGAGCAGGCGGCAAGCGGCCCCGCCCGGAUGCCGUGAGAAAGCAAGCAGGCAGCUGAGGCGGCGGUCGCAACAGGUGCCUCCCGGAUCCGGGAAACUCCUACGGCGGGGCGCCGUGAACGUGGAAGUGCGGGCAGGCCCGGGCGCGAGGCAGGCCUCGUCAGCUCGGGAGGGAAACCCGCCCAAAAGAGCCCCGCCCGCACGCGCCCCAAGGGCUGCUCUCGGGAGUCAAAAGGCGCGUGGACUAGACCCCAGCGUUUCCCGCCCUUCCCCACCGCGGCGCCUGUCGCGCUCCAACACCCGCAGCAGUUAGGGGAGCCUUCUUCCUCGCUCAGAACGUAUAAAAGCCUCGUUAUACUCUUUCCUAUUUUGGAACUACAUAAUUAUUGGCAUAAUGCUAUGUUUAAAGUAUGUAUUUAAAAGUUGCAUUGGAAAAAGAGGAUUUCAUUAAUGAAAAUACCACGCGUCAAGGCGAUGGCAUGCCAAACGACGUGCGGCCGGCGGCCCUCACCUCUUAGGUAGGGUUCCAGAGCUUGGGAACAGCUGCGUGAACGAGGACACCAUUUCAACGUGCAGCGCUUUGCUUAGUAUAAAGAGUCAGGAUUUUUUUUGGGGGGGGGUAUACUGGAUUUCGGCCAUUACUGACGCAGGAGCCCCGCGGGAAAAGCGGGGAAAAGAACAAGUAGUGAAUCCCUGCUAAUUUGAGUGAAAAAUGCGUGGAACGAGGCAGCAAAGGCAGAGGCCGUGUGCGCUUUACGCUUUAGUCCAGCUCCAAUGUGUUCCCACUGCUGGUGUGCUCAUGAGGUUAGUCCUAGUCCAUAGGUAUCCUGUAGAAAUGCUGCUCUUUGAUGCACUUUCCCUCAGACAAGCUCCCCCCCUUUUUAACGUAGGCCAAAUUCGCAUAGUAGUUAAGCUGAGGUGCUCACAUUUGGGACAACCCUUGCACAUGCGCAGAUGACAGCUUUAUGGGAUAGGAGUUUGCGGUUGAGGUUGCCAGGUUGCACCAGGAAACCAAACAAGUACAGUGGUACCUCGGGUUAGGAAUUUAAUUCCUUCUGGAGGUCUGUUCUUAACGUAAAACUGUUCUUAACCUGAAGCAACACUUUAGCUAAUGGGGCCUCCUGCUGCCGCUGCGCCGCCGCUGCACGAUUUCUGUUCUCAUCCUGAAGGAAAGUCCUUAACCUGAGGUAAUAUUUCAGGGUUAUCAGAGUCUGUAACCUGAAGCGUAUGUAACCUGAGGUACCACUGUACUGUAAUCUGCAUUGGGUGAAGACACAUCCCUGUCCCCUCUCUGGUGUGAACAGCCAGAGCUACAGGGGGCUAGCCAGGUUUUUUGCUCUGGGUGAAGCCCCCAGAGUGGCACCAUUGAGGCUCCCAGCCUGUGUGUAUAUGUAUGCAAAUGUGCACAGAGGGGUGCCAAACUGGGUCUUAUACCCAGAUGAAAUAAAGCCUAGUUUCUUCUCUGCGGAUGAAAUAAAGCCUAGUUUCUCCCCUGCAUACAGCAACAUACAAAUACAGUCCUCUGUAACCGUCUGCUUUUCCCACCCCAAAAAUAAAGCCAAUUCCGAAGGUUUGGAGAACUUUAGAGAUGAUGUGGGGUGUGGUGCAAAGAGCUACAGAUGGAGUUGAUGAAAGACUCAUUGGAGAUCAUGGACUUUUCCUUUGUUUGAGCAGGUGCUCUGGAUCAAUGGAUCAAGUCCUACCCAUUGAUUGGUGAUAUUAUUCAAGAGAGAUACCCAGACUUUAUUUAUAAAAUAUUCAAGAGUUACAAUGCAGCAGCUCAGUUUACAAUGUUCUCUUGUAGUGCUUAGUAUUAAAGAAAAGCCACUAUAAGAUAAUACUACAGGAGAAUUUUCUUAAUGGUGUAAUCUCUGCUCCUAUUACCCUGGCUUUACUUGAAAAUGAAGGCUGCCUGGGAAGUUACGGUACCUGAGUAAAAUGAAUGUUUGUGCACUUACAGGUUCUUCAUUAGGUUUUAUUUGCUGUAAUGCAUUUUCACUUAAAAAAAAUUUAUUUUCCCCUUGAGUACUAAAAAUAAGGUGUUUUAAAGAUAUGAGGUGAGAUGUUGGUUAAGGCUUUUAUUUAAAUGAAGUCAUGUGAGAUCUUGGAUCACUUUACAUAGCACAGCCAAUAGUAACCUCUCUAAUAGGAAAGGGAGCCCCAUCGGAAGUCAGUGAGACCACAUGUACAUACGGCGAGAAAUAUAUUAACCCUUUUGUUUUUAUAAACCAGCCAUCUGUUGAAAGCAGUGAUUUCAGCUUAGAGAGCUUCCUUAGUUUUGUGUUUAUUGACAAAAUAUCCUAAGGUGCAAAAGCAGAAAUUUUGGUGUUGCUAAAUGAACAGAAAAGGCUCAACUAGUCUUGGAGAAAUGUGAUUUAGACUCAGUUUAUAUUUGAAUGCUAAAAGCCACAGAAUCUGCUAUGGAUAUAAUUUGGGCACAAUCAUUUUAGCUGUAUGGAAUUAACAGCUCAACUCUAUACAUGUAUACUCAGAAAUAAGUCCCAUUGAGUUCAGUUAUGCUCUGGUUAGUGGAUGCUCUGGUUAGUGGUAGAAGAGAAGAAUGAAUUAGUGCUGCAUUUUGAAACAACAAUCCAUGUUUUAGGACAUGUUUUAGGUCAGCAAACUUUUUCAGCAGGGAGCCAGUGCACUGUCUCUCAGACCUUGUGGGGGGCCAGACUAUAUUUUGGAAGAAAGAAAGAAAAAGAACAAAUUCCUUUGCCCCACAAAUAACCCAGAGAUGCAUUUUAAAUAAAAGCACACAUUCUACUCAUGUAAAAACAGCAGGCAGGCCCCACAAAUAACCCAGACAUGCAUUUUAAAAAACACACGUAAAAACACGCUGAUUCCCGGACAGGAGCUGGGACUGAGCAACGGGAGCUCACCCUGUCGUGGGGAUUCGAACUGCCGACCUGAUUGGCAAGCCCAAGAGGCUCAGUGGUUUAGACUACAGCACCCCCCGUGUUCCUAGAGCCUUUGGAAACCUGGGUUCAAUUCCACAGUCAGCCAUGAAGCAAACUAGGUGACUUUGCUUGGGCAAGUCACAGUCUGUCAGCCUAACCUAUCUGACAGGUGAGUAUAAAAUGGGGAGGGGGAGAGCCGUGUAUUCAACCUUGAGCUUUUUGGAGGAGAAGGUGGGAUAUAAAUAUGACAACAAUGAUAACAGCUGAGCUGUAGUUUAAUGUGACAUCCAAAUGCUACACCUUACUGUUUGGUUAAAUCUAGCUGAAUAUGGAAAACGGGUUUUUGAUCUCUUCAUUAAGGGGUCUUGUGGUUUGUUUGGUGUCAUUUUCCACAUUCUUCAGGGAGAUACAGUCUUUGGUGUCUUUUAACUUUUGAACCUGCCCCUCAAACUAAAUGUUUUUGUCUUUUCUUUACUAUGUUGAUACCCUCUUUAACACCAACUGGUUCCUUAUAAACCACAUUUGUAAUCAUUUUUUAUACUUAGGCACUAAAACUAGCAUGAGCAGCAAUACAGGUUUUCUUUUCGUUUUACUUCCUUUAAGCACUGCGUGCCGAACGAAAUGUGGACAUAAUGCCGAAGCUCUCACAAAAUAAAAUUUCUCUUUCAAAUCUUCUUGAAAUUGUUGGGGGCGGGCAGGAAUAGCUUAUUAAGAAACCAUUUUUUACUUGCCUGCCAUGUUAAUGUUCCUUGCUGGCUUUUAUGACAAAGACUAUUUGCAUAAAAGCUCUAUCUUUGUUGCUGAGAGUUCAUUCCCCCUGCUGCUUUUUCCGCUGCAUGAAGCCUCAAUUGCACUGAAAAACAGCAACCAGUGGUAGAGCUGGCAAGGAUUCCUUCCUUCCACUGGAGGGGAAUGAACAUCAGGGAAUCAGUGAACCUUAACUGCUUCAUUGCCUGCUUAACUGGCGAUUUGCAUAGGGUAAAGGAAGUGAGUGGUAGUGUAAGGGUUUGCCUGUGUUUUACCAUCACAGGUGCCUGGGCAGGUAAAGCAAAGAAGGGUUGGGCUUGUUUCACAAUAGUCUACCAGGAGAGCAAGGAUGAGGAAGGCAGCUGGAAAGCAGGAUAGGGGAGGGCUGGCUUCUUACUGAGCUUGGACAGUGGUGGCAGCUAGAUUCUGAACAUCAAGCUGCAGAUGAAUUGGGAGUCUCUAGUGGGAAGGUCAGGAAGAUAAUCCUGCUUUUGUAUACCACAACGUAGAUUCUCGAAGAUCCAUCUUGCCUCUACAUCCUCUCAAAGACAUUGUGGGUGCUAUAUUUCUCCCCUUUCUCCCGCCAACCAGCAUGGGGAGGGAUGAGACAAAAGUUGCCUGCCCAGCAAAACUUUUCCUUUUCAGUUCUAGGUGCCUCUGAUGUCACAGUGCUGGCAUUGUAAGGAGUUAGGGAAAUCAAACAGCACACCUGGGAAAAGCAAAGCCAGGUCUAGCAUUUGCGUUGUCAUCCUUGCUAUGGUACGCAAGUUUUUGCUACACUCUGAUGUUAUUAUACCAGUCUCUGGCCCCCACCUACCCCGUGUAUUCUGCCUUGGUCAGACCCCACCUAGAGUCCCCUGUCCAGUUCUAGGCAUCACAGUUUAAGAAGGAUGUUGACAAGCUUGGAAUGUGUGCAGAGGUAGGAGACCAAGACGAUCAAGGGUCUGGAAGCCAAGCCUUAAGAGGAACAGUUGAGGGAGUUGCAUAUGUUUAGCCUGGAUAAGAGGAGACUGAGAUAGCCAUCUUCAAAUAUCUAAAGGGAUGUCACACAGAAGAUGGAGGAAGCUUGUUUUCUCCUGCUCUGGAGGCUAGGAACCAAACCAAUGGAUUCAAGUUACAAAAAAGGAGAUUCCGACUAAGCAUCAGGAAGAACUUCCUGACAGUAAGAGCCGUUUGACAGUGAAACAGACUCCCAUAAGAGGUGGUAGACUCUCCUUCCUUGGAGACUUUUAAGCAGAGGUAGGAUGGCCACCUGCCAUGUAUAAUGUAGUUGAGAUUCCUGCAUUGCAGGGGUUUGGACUAGAAGACCCUUGGGAUCCCUUCCAACUCUUCUGUUCUAUGAAUCUGUGAUAAAACUGUUGUGCCUGCAUCUGAAGGUGAUGGUAAGUUCUGUCUUUUCUCUGAACUAGGUGAAGUACAGCAAUGAAGCCCUUGCUGUGCAUGCCUCAUCUGUGCAGGAACUCACUUGAGCAUAAUAGCUGACAUUGAGCUCUGUUCCCUGCCCCGUGGCUUCCAUUAUCAUUAUGGCAUCACCCUCCAGCUACAGCUUUAAUGUGAAUGGCAGACUGUUUUUGCCCAGGGGCAACACCAGCAUGAGGAAUGAUGGAUAUGUGCAAGAACUUUUUCAUGAAGAAGCACAACAGGUAUGUUGCAAAAGCCCUGGUUCCCUACAGCUGAGUUCUGAAUUAUGAAACAUUGCAAGGUGGUGGGAGUAAUGCUCUGAAAAGAGUCCAGAUUUGUGUUCAGUUUACAGUAUGUAUAUAAAUUGUGAUUUAUUUGUUUAAAAGUCUCGGUAGAUCAUUGAUAAUUAAUCACUUUGUAGCAAGAGCCACAAUUGCUACAAAGCAUUGGAAUAAUCUCCAAAUUAACGACCUUGAUUAUUGGUAUCAAAAGCUGCGGCACAUUGCCUUAUUAGAGAAACUCGCACAAAAAGUGAGAAUUGUCAGGGGACAAAGUACGCAGGAGAAGUUUGUGGUCCUUUGGCAUGGCUUUAUUGAGUAUACAGGAGCUAGUUUACAUGAUUAUGCCCUGCCUGCUGCAUAUUCUUGUUUGUGUUUACAGUAAUAACUUAUGGUUUGGGUGGGAGUCAAGGGUAAUGUGGAACCUGCAAGGAAGAUGCUUGUUAAUUAGAAAAUGUCAAUUUAUUUGACCAAUUCUUCCAGUUGUUUAUGUAGAUUAUUUAUUUAUAACAACCCUUAACCCUGUUUCAUGUCUUGCGAUUUGUUUUGCAUAAAUUGAAAUAGUUUCAGUGGGAAAUGUGAAAAUAAACCAACAAAAAUUAUUAUUUAAAAAGGUUAUUACUGAGGCAAAAAGAGAGUGGUAUUUGUGAAAACAGGACUUGCUGGCAAGCAGUUUUUUGUUUUUGAUUUCCUUUUUGAUGGCAGGGGCGGGGGAUAAGUGUCAGAACCUUUUGUCCUUACCUGCUGGCUCCAUUCUUAAAAAUUGGCACUGAAUCUAGUUGCUGAUAAGUAGGUCUUUGUAGGCUAUAAUCAACAGGGGAUCUGGGUUUUGUUUGUAGUAGGGUGGGAUUCAGGCAACAUGAUUACCCUUCAUAAGAUGAAGAGCUCUUCUGAAUCAAACCAAAGGCCCAUCUCUUCUAGAUACCUGUUGUCACAGUGGCCAACCAGAUGCCACAGUAGUGUGGCUUAUUUAGGAUUCUCAUUUCCGUACAAUUAAGUGCCCUGGGGGCAAGAAAGGGGCAAGUUCUGUCAUCCUUAAAGCAUGCAUUUUGCAGGCAUUAUAGUACUGACCCUUCGUGCCUCUUCGCUGGUGCCCAGCAAGAUGAAAGAGCAAACGUAACCUUUAAAUCCUAUUUUCAUUCAGAGUUCUCCGACACACAACAGACCUUGGUGGAAGAUACAUCUUUUUGUUUGGGAACCAGUGCUCUUUGGCACUUGGGACGGAGUCUUUACCUCUUGUAUGAUCAAUAUCUUUGGAGUAGUUCUCUUUCUGAGGACAGGGUGGCUGGUGGUAAGUAUGGGGAACUAAAUGACAAGCCAUACAGCUGUUGAUUUGUCUUGGAAUUUGUUCUGAUGUCCUUAAGUUAUUGCAUUUAAAUUAGUACUGAAAGCCUGUGUGCUGGCGACCAUUCUUUUGCCUUAUCAUCUUUAGGUCUUUCCACCAUCUCUUCUGUAAUAGCUGCUGAAUGCAUAUUCAUCUGCAUAGCCUUCAUCACAUAUCCAACCUCCAGCUAUGGUGUGUCUGUUUUUUAAGCAGCUUGCUGACACAAAACACACACACACACACACACACACACACACACACACAUGCAAGCAAGUGGGAGAUAUAACCCAAGCACUGGCAAACAGCCCAAUCCAGCCCAGUUAAGACUAUAAUGAGAGCAAAUAAUUUUAAACCAGUGUGCUUUGGUGUCAAGUCAACAUUUUGCUCUGCAGGCCAGCCUGAUUACAUUCUCUGAUCAUGUGGAGAAAUUUGCAUAGUAUUUGGUCCUCUCGGCCUCUGUUUGGACCACACUGUUGUAGAGAUUGAUCCUUUUUAGUCACAAGUGGGAACAAGAUGAUUUGGCUAGAUGACCAUUUGAUCCUUCCACCUCCUGAUGAAAUGUGGGAAGCUGUGAUGGAGCAGAAAGUGGCUUAUAUUGACUGCAGCAGCAUACCAUGCCUUUCACAUGGCGCAAAAGCUAUUCUGCUAGGUUGACAAUCCUGUUAUUAUUACCAAAUAUUUAGCAUGUGGUUCUACCUUGGCACAGCUAGGUGCUUAGGUGGCCAGAAUGUAUUUAGGUGGCCAGAAUGUAUUUAGGUUGGUGCAUCCCCAAUCACUUUGCCCUGUGCUGUAUUAUGGUAGAAACAGGCACUGCUUUUGUGAAAUCCUGGUUUGAUUUGAGGUACCUCCUCCAUACCACUGGGUCUGGCUUUUUGCUGGUUCAGCAGUCAUUGUGGUCCUCUUACAGCCUGCUCCAGAUUGUUGGUUACUUCGAAGUAAGUUCUGCUGAAAUCACUUGGAACUCAUCUGAGUUCAACUGAUUGCAGUAGGUAAAGGUAAAGGUACCCCCACCCGUACGGGCCAGUCGUGUCCGACUCUAGGGUUGUGCGCUCAUCUCACUUAAGAGGCCGGGAGCCAGCGCUGUCCGAAGACACUUCCGGGUCACGUGGCCAGCGUGACGAAGCUGCUCUGGUGAGCCAGCACCAGCGCAACACACGGAAACGCCGUUUACCUUCCCGCUAUAAAGUGGUACCUAUUUAUCUACUUGUACUUAGGGGUGCUUUUGAACUGCUAGGUGGGCAGGAGCUGGGACCGAAAGACGGGAGCUCACCCCACCGCGGGGAUUCGAACCGCCGACCAUGCGAUCGGCAAGUCCUAGGCACUGAGGUUUUACCCACAGCGCCACCCGCGUCCCUGAUUGCAGUAGGACUUGGUUCCAAGUAAGCUCCUUAGGACUACAGCUUGCAGUCCCUGUUGGCGUAGACCAGAUUUAAAUUUUAUUUUAUCAGCUCUUUAAAGCCCACAAAAUUACUUGCUUAAAAUAUACUUGGGUUCCUAUGGCUUUGUUAAUUUCUCUCCCUUUAUGUCAAAAUAAAAUAAAAUAGUAGCUUGGGCUAUUUACAGGGAAGCUGAUCAAAUAUAACUGUUCAGGUAACACAUGUUGCCAUAGUUACGCGUCCUCCCUCAUGUUCCUCCAAGCUCUACUGAAAGAACAUAAUGUAGUUUGAAGUGAUGGUUGUAAGCAGCACUCCUUCUGCCCAGCUGGAACAAACACCCUCUUUCAUUGUCCUUAUACCAAAUUUAUUGAGUUUUUAAAAUAUGUUGAUAACAGUUAUACAGUUGUACCUCAGCUCCUGAACGCCUUGGGAGUUGAACAUUUCGGCUCCCGAACGAUUGAAAACUGGAAGUGAGUGUUCCGGUUUUCAAACGUUCUUUUGGAAGCCGAACAUCCGAUGGGGCUUCCGUGGCUUCUGAUUGGCUACAGGAGUUUCCUGCAGCCAAUCAGAAGCCUCGCUUUGGUUUCUGAACGUUUCAGAAGUCGAACGGACUUCCAGAACGGAUUCCCUUCAACUUCCAAGGUACAACUGUAUUAUGAACAGUUAUGCAUGAACUGAACUUUAAACCUAGAAGACUGGAAACUCUGACCCACUGUGGCAAUUAUUUAACUGCUUAAAAUCCUUCUCCUUUGCUAAAGCUCCUUGGUGGUGUAAAAUUUCUACUGAGAGUGAAUGCAUGUAUGCAUUGUGAAGAUUGGAUUUAGAAAGCAGAUUGGAUUAGAAUUCAAAAUUAAAUUGUUAAAAUGGAGAAUUUUUUUUUAAGAGACAGAGAGUUUAAACAAAUAUUUACAAAUUGCACAGCAAGAGGACCUUGAAUGCAUAUUGUUGUAGCCCACCCUGGGACCUGCUGGUGUGAAGGACAGGUAAUAAAUCAAAUAAUAAUGAAAUAAUAAAAGCCUACAGGCAACAAAUGGCUAAGUGGUCCUUGAGCUGUUGAUGGGGAACAAACUGGUUACAGUGGGUUCCAUUGGCAUCUGCCUACGGGCUGGAGGAGACAGAAUAUAAUCACUGGAUGACAUUAUUAAACAGGUACCAGGGCAGCAGUAAAAAAAAAAAAAAAGGUUUAUUUUCAGCCACUAUGUGCCAGCCUUGUUCUUCAAAUAAGAGCUGGAUAUUUCCAGCUUUUUCACUAUUUAGGGAUGUGGUCACUAUCAGUACUCAUGGAAAUUCUUUUGGUUUUAGCGAAAGAUUCAGAAAAUCAGCUAGAGCACAAAUUAAGUUCUUGGUAUUCUGACCUUCUGCUUCUAUGCUUGAGUUAGUUUUGCUAGAUGUGUAGAUAUCAUGCUGUUGCCAUUCAAUCUCUCGACCCGCCUUGUUAUGUUUGUAUCCUGCCCUACCCUAAAGGGUAGGGAGAGCAUUUUACACUCACAACAACCCUGGCAUAUUACAUUAGAUAGGGAGACAGGGACCUCCCCACAGCCAUUUAGUGAGUUACACAGCUGAGUAGGGAUUUGAGGCUGGUUCCAAGAUCAGCAUUCUAUUUUUUUUAAAAAAAAUAAUAUUUAUUAAUUUUCAACCAUUUAAACACAACAAAACAGAAAGAAAAAAAAAGAAAAAAAGAAAAAAAGAAAAACAUGAAACUAACAAAGCAAGACACAAACCAUUUCAAACACAGAACAAUUUCAAUGUCUUAUCUUUCAUUCCCUUAUUUCCACGACCUCCUCACACCUCCCUUUUUGUUUUCCACUUCUAUUAAUUAUUUCAGCAAUUCCUUUCCAUCUUCCUCUGUUUUCUAUCCUAUAAUUAUCUUAACAUAUUCUAACCUUAUUUUCCCUUUAAUACACUAUUAAUCUAUUUAUACUUGAUUCCUUAUAGCAUUUCUACUAAAGCCAUAUAACUUCAUUCCAACAUUUUUCUAACAUUCAUUGUUUUUACAAUAUUUCUAUAAAUAGUCUUAAACUUUUUCCAGUCUUCUUCCACCAGCUCUUCUCCCUGGUCUCGGAUUUCUGCCAGUCGUUUCCGCCAAUUCCAUAUAGUCCAUCAACUUCAUCUGCCAUUCUUCCCGAAUGGAUAAAUCUUGUGUCUUCCAGUACUUCACAAUGAGUAUUCUUGCUGCUAUUGUUGCAUACAUGAAACAAAUUCUAUCCUUCUUUAACACCAAUUGGCUGACCAUGCCCAGGAGAAAGGCCUCUGGUUUCUUCAAAAGGGUAUAUUUAAAUACCUUUUUCAUUUCAUUAUGAAUCAUCUCCCAGAGUGUCUUAAUCCUUGGGCAUGUCCACCAAAGGUGAACUCUAAUCCUCAAAUUCGUCUGUUUUUCUUUAAGUUCAGUCAUAGCGAGCGUCAACUUAUGUUCCUCAAGUUGCCUCUGUAGGGCUGGGGCUCUCUUUCUCUUUCUCUCCAGUUGUGUUACUCCACAUUCAGCGACAACGGCUUUUUCCCUGGCUUCCUCCGCAGUUUGCCACAUCAAAGUAGGUUCCUGUAUCGAUUUCUGGGUGGUUUCUGUAUUGGUAUUGUUUAUACUUUCUGUAUUUAAGUUAAUUUUAGUAAUUGAAACAUCCACUUUCGCAUUUAUCGUGUCCAUUUUCCUGUGAAGCUGAUCCAAUGAGUCAUUUAUCUUAUAUAAUGCAGCCACUAAAGCCUCUUCUGUCGACAUUCCUCUUAGUUUUAAAAAUACUAGCACAAAGACAGCAACAGAAAGAACAGGAGGGCCUAAUGAUAGACCUCUCCUGGAUUGUUACCAAGUCCUCCCAGACCUUAAUGUUUUGUCAGCAGUUGACUGGUCUGUUUUUCCUCUUCCAUUUACCAUAACAUUUAAAAGAUUCAAGGUCUUUUAAGUCUCACGGUUUUUAACUUGCAGCUGGAAAUUCCCCUAGUCCAACUCUUGUAAAGCAACGGUUUCAAAGGCUUCCACUAGGGGGAAACAGUUUCUAUUUGUAAUAGUCAAUAGUAUCCUCUUUUAAACAAUCCAAAAUUAGUUUCAAAUUAGUUUCAAUUUUCAGUUACUUUUACUCCUUUUUAAAGCAGCCGGAGACAAUAGAAACAAUGUAUUUCUCUUAUUUAACUAGCUGUCAAUGAAUGUUCUAAUCGCUGUCAAUGAACAUUCCAAAAGACGUCAGUCCUACUAGCAGCCCGUUUCCAGGGUCAGAGCGGCGGUGUUUUAAGUUUCUUCGCUCUCUCCCGCAGGCAUACUCAAUCCGCAACUUCCCCCUCUCUUCUCCUGCCUCCAAGAGGGGUUUAAUGUUCUUUACCGUUGGAACUUUGAUCUUUUACAAAAGACCUUCCAGGACUCCAGCUUACAACUUCAUUGCCUCAGUCUAUUUACAAAAGGGGGAGGCGGACUUCCUGUUUUGAACCUCCCUGUUACGGUACCAAAUUAAACAUUUAGAAAUCCAAUUCUUCCACUCUGCUCACGGGUAAUUACUUUAAAGUCAAAUUGUCCACAGGAAAAGGUCAGCGCUCUCCGGCAACAGCUAUGCGGCUUCGUUCCGUGGAAGAAGCAGAUGAUUCAAUGCACCGCGCCACUCACCCCACUUCGCUCCGGAGCCCCAAAAACUGGGGUUCCCCGCGAGUGGGGGAGGCGCAAAAGGUGCCCGCCGAAUCCCACGUUCACAGGCUUCUCCCGCCUGUGAUUUUAACAGGUCUCCGCCUUCGCUGUGGCAGCCAGACCCAGAUUCCCAUGGAGCUGAUUCCUCCCGGUCAGAGGAAUUCAGCCAUUACCAGAGGCGCCUCCCCGGAAGUCCCCAAGAUCAGCAUUCUAGCCCCUAUAUCACACUGGGUUUUGCUUAAGUUUGCCUGUGAAAUUUCAGCUGCUUAUAGCUUCUCCUAUAGAGGUUGUGCAGUGUCACACAUCUUUCUCUUUCUUUCUUCUCUUUGACGAUCACUCAUAGCCGAGUUAGAUUGUCUUCCAUUAAUAUGGUCUUCACGGUGUGUCUGUAAGUGACUGUGGAGGCCAGUUCUGGAUCUGUACAUCUUUCCACAGUGGGGACAUAGGUUUCCUGGUGGGAGUUGAUCAUGGUGAGGAUUUGCCAAAUGUGCCUUCCUCUCAGCUCACUUCUCCCUUUUGUCCUGAGUUUGUGCUUCUUCAAAGUCCAUGACACUUUUGGUAGAACUAUCCUCCAACUGGGAUGCGGAUGAUGUUGUGGUCUAAUAAUAAAUAAUAAUAAUAAAUUUUAUUUAUAUCCCGCCCUCCCCAGCCGAAGCUGGGCUCAGGGCGGCUAACAACAAUCAAAAUAAUCCAGCAUUCUAAAAACAUUCAUUAUAAAAUUAAUUAAAAUCAAAUUGAUGGCAACCAUUAAGCAAAAUUCCAUGCAGAUUGCCAGAGGAGGGGGUCAGGCUGUGCCCUGACCAAAGGCCCGGUGGAACAGCUCUAUCUUGCAGGCCCUGCGGAAAGAUGUCAGGUCCCGCAGGGCCCUAGUCUCUUGUGACAGAGCGUUCCACCAGAUUGGAGCCGCAGCCGAGAAAGCCCUGGCUCUAGUUGAGGCAGCCUAACCUCUCUGUGGCCUGGAAUCUUCAGGAUGUUUUUAUUUGCAGACCGUAAAUUUCUCUGUGGGACAUACCAGGAGAGGCAGUCCCGUAGGUACGAGGGUCCUAGGCUGUAUAGGGCUUUAAAGGUUAAAACCAGCACCUUAAACCUGAUCCUGUACUCCACCGGGAGCCAGUGCAGCUGGUAUAGUACCGGAUGAAUAUGAUCUCGCAGCGAAGACCCCAUAAGGAGUCUCGCCGCAGCAUUCUGCACCCGCUGGAGUUUCUGGGUCAGUCUCAAGGGCAGCCCCACGUAGAGCGAGUUACAAUAAUCCAGUCUGGAGGUGACCGUCGCGUGGAUCACAGUGGCUAGGUCAGGGCGAGAGAGAUAAGGAGCCAACUGCUUAGCUUGGCGGAGAUGAAAAAAUGCCGCCUUUGUUAUAGCUGUAAUCUGCGCCUCCAUAGAGAGGAGGUAUCAAAGAUUACACCCAAACUCUUAACGGACGAUGCUGGCACUAAUUGCACCCCCGCGAGAGAUGGGAGUUGCCCCCUCAAUCCCAUAUCGCCCCGUCCCAGCCAGAGGACCUCUGUCUUCGAAGGAUUUAACUUCAACCGGCUCCCACGUAACCAUCCAGCCACAGCUUCCAGACAUCUGGUCAGUGUGUUUGGGGCCGAGUCAGGAUGGCCAUCCAUCAACAGAUAGAGUUGGGUGUCAUCGGCAUACUGAUGGCAACCCAGCCCAAAACUCCGGACAAGCUGGGCGAGGGGGCGCAUAAAGAUGUUAAAAAGCAUCGGGAAGAGAAUCGCACCCUGAGGCACUCCACACACCAAGGAGUGGCGCGAUGACAAUUCCCUCCCAAGCGCCACCCUCUGUCCCCGACCAGAGAGAAACGAGCGCAGCCAUUGAAGGACUGUGCCCUGGAUCCCCACGUCGGCAAGGCAGUGGUCCAGGAGUUCAUGAUUGACCAUGUCGAAGGCUGCAGACAGGUCUAGAAGAAUCAGCAGCCCCGACCCGCCUCGAUCCAGCUGCCUGCGGAGAUCAUCUGUUAGGGCGACCAGAGCCGUCUCGAUCCCAUGACCAGCGCGGAAGCCGGACUGGAAUGGAUCGAGAGCCACUGAGCCUCUUGGGCCUGCCGAUCAGAAGGUUGGCGGUUUCGAAUCCCCGCGACGGGGUGAGCUCCCAUUGCUCGGUCCCAGCUCCUGCAAAACCUAGCAGUUCAAAAGCACGCCAAAAAGUGCAAGUAGAUAAAUAGGUACCACUCCAGCGGGAAGGUAAACAGCAUUUCCGUGUGCUGCUCUGGUUUUGCCAGAAGCGGCUUAGUCAUGCUGGCCACAUGACCCGGAAAAACUGUCUGUGGACAAACGGCAGCUCCCUCGGCCUUUAAAGUGAGAUGAGCACCGCAACUCCAGAGUCGUCUGCGACUAGACUUAACUGUCAUGGGUCCUUUACCUUUACCUUUAUCCUCCAGGAUAAACAGGCCAGUGUUUCCCAGUUGUAUUUUUUUUUUAUAGUUGAUAUUUAUUGAAUUUUCAAAAAAUAACAACAAAAAUUUCCAAAAAAAAUUUAAGGAUACAAAAAACAAAAUUAGUGCAUAAACAAAAAAGAAAAGAAAACCCAGCCGCAAAGAAAAAAAAAAGAGAAACAGAAAAACAAAAAUAUAAAGUCCUUUACAAUCUCUAUUGACUUCCUUUCUAGACUUCCUCCUCCUCCCCUCUUUUGUUUCUUAAUUUUUAAUUUUUACAGCAAAUCCUUUCUGUUUUUCAUAACAAUCUGUCAUUACGUUUCCUUAUUCUAUUUUCCCUCUUGUCAUAUAAAAACUUUAAAACUCAUAGCUUAUAUCAAUAUUUACCAAAUUCUUGCAUCAUUACCUUUUACGAAUCAUUUACCAAUCCUUACUUAAGUCAUGUAAUUUCAUUCAACAUCCUUCAAACAUUUGUAAGCAUUCCCAAUAUUAAAAAGUAAAAAGAAAAAAUAAUAAGUCAAAUUCAGUCCAGUCAGCUUCCAACCUCCCCUCCCCUGGACCCGGGAUUGUCAGUCCUUUUAACCUCGGUAAUCCGGCUCCUUAACCUGGUUGUCUCGUAUCCGAGGCCCUCAAGUCUCUUUCUUGCCCCUUUCGCCACUCUUGUUGAUGAUUCCUUUCCAGUCGUGGAUGCUCCAGCAAGAAAAUGCUUUUGACCCUUUGCAACAAGUCCAUCCCAAACCCAUUGCCCAAGCCAGACAGCAAAUAAUACCACUUCAAAUUUCCACAAAGCUUGGAGACUUCGGCUACUCCAAUCCUCUGAUAGCCCAUCACCAGACUCGGAAGGUCCAAAUAACCAUAUGGAGGGGGUCGAUCCAUCCCCCAUUUCCAAAUCUGACCACAUUUCAUCUUUCCGAAUCUGGUUUGUCCCAAGUUCAUUUAUCAAGUUCAAAGGCUGAUCUUGCCCGUCCAAAGGUCCCUCCAUCUCUGAAGCCUCCGUCACUACAGCAGGUUCAUAUGCUUGUAUAGCCUUUAACUGAAUUUCAUUUGUUUGCUGCUGUGCUCUGGUAACUUCCAUCAUCAAGGUCGUCUCCUGACGCAUCUGGUCCAGCUGGGCACUUAGUUUUGAAAAACCUUCCAGGAACAAUUGUUCAAGCCUUUGUACUAGCAUUGUCCUUCAAGGUCAAAGAAAAUUCUUUCCCACGAGAAUAGUCCAAUAGUCCUUCUCUUUUAAUCUCUCUGCGUUGCAAUUUCACUAAAUUCCACUAGAUGGAAUUUUUUUUUUUUUUAAAGGAAUAAAAGCAACAGCAACAAUCUUUCUUUUUCCAGAAACACUUUAUCCAAAAUUCCCCCUUCCAAAUUCAAGAGGCAACAGUAGAAUCAAAAUGUUACCCUUCUUUUAACUAACUGUCGAGCUGGAUAAACUUCAGAACGUCAAUUCUGACAGCCCGCUCCUGGUUCAGGGCGGUGGAAAAUUGCUUUAUUUUAAACUCACUUCCGCAGGAUUGAAAAGUCCAAAUACAACCCCUUUUUCUCCUGCAGUCAAAGGGGGUUCAGAAAUCUUAGAUGUUGAAUUCUAGUUCUCUUAAAAUUUAAUUUUCAGGCUUUAGUAUAUUUUGUCUUUGCUUUCUUCACAUAACAAAAGAACGGAAGGCGACUUCCUGUUUAGACCUUCCCAUUCCGAGUCCCAAUUAAGUUCAAUUUCAAGUCCAAUAUUAUUUGUUUAUUCACCAGUCUUAAAAGUGGUUCAGCUCUUCCAAGAUCAGGUACUCACGGAUAGAUGUUUUAGAUGCCAAAUUGUCCAGGAAAAAGGCAGCGCUCUCCGAUAACGGCAGUGCGGCUUUGCUGCACGGAGGAAGCAGACGACUCACAGCACCACGCACCUCCCACUCCGGAGCCCGUUACCGGGCUCCUGUACAAGGGAGAGAGCGCUCUCGGUGCCCGCCGAGUCCCACGUCCACAGGCUUCUUCCGCCUGUGGUUUUGAGGGUCCCCGCUGCGCCGUAGCGGCAGGACCCAAGCCUCCGUGCAGCGGGUUCCCUUCAGUCCGAAGGGAAUUCCGCCAUUUUCCGGAGGCGCCACCCCGGAAGUCCGUGUUUCCCAGUUGUAUACUACUUUUUUUAGAUUUGCCUUGAGGGUGUUUUUUGUUUGUCCACCAGCAUUACCCAUGGACCUGUAGAAGCCUUCUACCUUUUGCACCUUCUGUUCUCCUUGCCCUAUCACAAACUUACUAGUAGUGAUUAUCUGAUCUGAGGGCCCAUUCAUUCAUUUCUCAUCAAAACUAGAAACUGGAUGCUGCUGUUUCCUCAGAAUCAUAUUUCCUAUCUCUCCCCGCCCGCUCCUCUAACUAGCUUGAUAUGUAUCCAGAAUGUUGUAGCCUACAUGAAGUGCAGUUUCAGUUUGGAAUCCUGCUGGUUUUGAUGGCAGUUGCAUCAGACCAAGGGGAACUGGAGCCAGGACUCAGCAUGCAGACAUCUGCUAGCAUACAAGCCUCCCUACACAGCUAUAUUUUUCCUAAAAGGAAAGCAUUGUUCUAGCUUUGCAUCAAUGGUUAAGCAAAAUAAACAAAACAAAAGCACUAUCAGUUUUGUGUAUACUAAAUAUCUUCAAACUAGCCAGGACAGUGGGUGCUAUUUGGAAACGCAGAUGGCACAAGCAUAACCCAACAUGUUCUGCACAAAGCAAUAAUUAGUAAGCAAGAGAACCUAAAAGCCACUGCCCUUCCUUGAGAAGUCAUAGCAGGAAGGAACACAAUGCCUGUGGGAUAAGAGCAGCACACAGAGUGCUUUGAAGAUGGCACGAAGGAAGCAAAAUGCUAGAGUUUGUUCACAAUGGGGAUCUCUAAAGCUCAGAAGAAAGGCUUAAGAGGUCACUUUUUUAUUUAGCAUCUACAUGCUGAUAACAUUUGAAGGCCUUCUGACUGGGUUCAUAUGCUAAAAGCUGUGAAAACAGAAGAAUAUAAGGCCUGGCUUCUGCUUUUUGUAAAGAGAUGCAUUAGAAAUCCCCUUAAUGUAGUAGUCCUGUCAGUUGUUAUUUUAUAUGCAUGUUUUUGUGAAAGAUAUGAGCACUGUUAGCCCAUCUCAGAGCCUUGUGGUACCUUGUAUUUCUUAGAAAAUCAUGUACAGCAUACCAGUCCUCCUACGUUGCUUUUUUUAGACAUUGGAGUGAUUUGCAGUAGAGUUGAGUUCAAGUGUUAAGUUUUAAGAAACCACAUACCUUCUUCCUACUGCUUUCAUGUAAACUUCCUAACAUUCUGACAGUGGUAAGCAAGGCACUUUGGCUUAGAUGAAGUACAAAUGCAUUGCAUUCUUUUGUAGCAAGCAAAACAAAGGUAAGUGUGUGCCUUGAAAUGUUUUUGAAAUGUAGAUCUUCAAAUCAUAUAUAUAUAUAUAUAUAUAUAUAUAUAUAUAUAUAUAGUAUUUUUCGCCCUAUAGGACGCACCGUCCCAGAAGGUGCACCUAGUUUUUUGGGGGGGAAAUAAAGGGAAAAAAAUUAUUUCCCUCCCAGGCGCGGGGCUGGGGCGGGGGAAGCCUGAGCUUCCCCCGACCCCAGCCCCCAGAACAGGCAACUCUCCGCAAGCAGCAGGAGCCCAGCGUCGGGCUCCUGCGCCUUGCGGAAAGGUGCGCGAAGUCUGGGCGCGCAGAGCUCAGUGCGCCCAGCCUUCGGCAUGCAGGCAACUCUCCGCAAGCAGCGGGAACCCGGCGCGGGCUCCCACGGCUUGCGGAGAUCUUUGCGAAGCCUGGAGAGCGAGAGGGGUCGGUGCGCACCGACGCCUCUCGCUCUCCAGGCUUCAGCGAAAGCCUGCAUUCGCCCCAUAGGACGCACACACAUUUCCCCUUCAUUUUUGGAGACGAAAGAUAUGGUAUAUAUAUAUAUAUGCACCCAUUUUUAUACAACAACAUCCAGAGGGUACCAAAUUGCCUAUACUUGGCACCUAAAUCUAUGCAUCUCUUUCUUCUUUUAAGUUUCAAUCUUUUCUUUUUCCUCCCAUUUCAGGGAAACACCGGUAUUUUAAUGGGCAUGUUUUUGGUGUCCAUUGUCGUCCUGGUGGCCUUAGUAACAGUCUUGUCUGGCAUUGGGGUUUGCGAACGCUGCAGCAUUGGAAGUGGAGGAGUCUACUCAAUGAUUUCUACUGUCCUUGGAGGUCAAGUUGGGGGGACCAUUGGCUUCCUCUAUAUUUUUGGUCAGGUAGGAAUGCAACUUCUUUUUAAAUAAAUUAUUUUGUGCGUGUGUAUCUCCAGUCACCUUUCCCUUUUUUUGCUUGAGGCAAUGAUAUACAAACCUCAUAGUUUAUAUUAUGCUACUGAAGAAGAUUUUUUAAAUAUUCAGUAGAAAUUGUGCAAUUGCAAAAAUUAUGAAAACUCUGUUAUGUAUCUGUUAUGUUAUGAAUAGAUUUGUAAUUGUCUGUAUUGGAACAGAAACGUGGCUAAUGUUAGCUCAAACCUCUGCACCAGGAAUGCUUUUUAAUGUAAGUCCAAGUCCUGGAUGCCAUUUGCUGUGCUGGAGAGCCAAACAAACACCUCAAAGGGAAAUGUGGCUCCCAAGAUUUGGGGGCUGCUGGGGAGGAAUUUAGGUGGCUUAACAUUUAUUUCUUAUUACUGCCGCACAGCAGAUGAGUGUACCACAUUUGUUACUUGCUUGUGAGGUAUUUUAAGAGCUUAGAACCAAAUUUAGGCCAGGAGUGCUUUGGAAUUACCCAAGUAUGACACUGAUACCCAAGACAGCUGAAAAUCAGUAUAAAAUAAAUAAAUCAAGACCACUUUGUGACUCCAAUCAAACUGCCUUGACCAGCUAUAUAAAGAAAUGAUUUUGUGUCAGUAUUAUACGAUUAUAAAAAUCAUUCUUAUUUUAAUUCAUUAGUGAGGCCUCCACAAUAAUGUUUAAUAAUUACAUACUAUUAUAUCAUUCCUUCAUUUAUACUUGUGAUUGUGUUUUAGGUUGCCUUUCCCACUUAUUCACACUCUUACAGUUUCUGUUUAAGAAAUACUUGACCAGCUUGCUACAAGCUUUUAAGAUCUUUGGAAUUAUCCAGUUUGGCACUUGUGAUUUGUUAAUUUUAGUUCAGCAAAAGCCUCUGGGCAAGGAACCAGCUCGAGGAACAUGGUGCCUAUGAACCAUAUUCCAUCAAUGUAGACAUCGUUUUUAAGUAGAGAUUCCUAAGGGGAUGGCAAUUUGUCUGUAGCUUGAGUCUUUUGACAGAAAAGUUCCAUCCUGGCCUCGUUCACUGAACUCAUUCACUACAUGACAGCAGUUAUUAUUUCUAGCUUUUAGAAGGUCCAAGUAUAGCUAUUCAAAUUGGAUGACAAGUCAAACAAACCAUAGAUAACUUUAACCACACUUUGUUGGUAUGGAUGAUGGACAAGCUGUGGUUAAGGAAAAACCAAACUCCUCCCUGUAGCUGUAUCAGAGGGGGAAGGAGAUUAGGGAGCGGAGGAGGAGGCAAGCUUAGUGCUCACUGUGACUUGUUUUGACUCAUUCAUAUCAUGCAAACUUUAGUUUAGGGCAACCUCCCCCAUCUUGGUGCCCUCUAGAUUGUUUUGGACUACGUCUCCCAACAUUCCCAGUCAGCAGAGCCCAAUGAUCAGGGAUGAUGAGAGUUGUAGUCCAACCUCCCCCAUCUUGGUGCCCUCUAGAUUGUUUUGGACUACAUCUCCCAUCAUUCCCAGUCAGCAGAGCCCAAUGAUCAGGGAUGAUGAGAGUUGUAGUCCAAAACAUCUGGAGGGGGCAUGUUGGGAGAAGGCUGGCUUAGGGUGAUAUUUGAAUGAGGUCACUGAGUGGUAACUAUAAAAAAUGAGCCAGUGUAAUAAAUAGGUACUUAUCAUGGUUGGUAUACAGCAAGCAUAGGCAAACUUGGCCCUCCAGAUGUUUUGGGACUACAACUCCCAUCACCCCUAGCUAACAAGACCAGUGGUCAGGGAUGAUAGGAGUUGUAGUCCCAAAACAUCUGGAGGGACGAGUUUUCCAAUAAUAAUAAUUUAUUAUUUAUACCCUGCCCAUCUGUCUGGGCGGCUUCCAACAGAAUAUUAAAGUACAAUAGUCUGUCAAACAUUAAAAGCUUCCCUAAACAGAUGUCUUCUAAAAGUCUGGUAGUAUGUCUGGUAUAGAGGACACGCUAGUCGGGAACCUAGAGAGAAACUUUAUUGCCUCUCUCAAAAAGAGCAGAACAGCAAAAGGAAACUCCACUCAGAUACAACUAAAUCCAAUGCCAUCCAGCGACAAAAUUAUGUAACGAUAUAUUUACACAGUAUUUCAGGGCUGGCCCAAUAGAUGGUUGUGCCUGAGGCGGACCACAGAAUGUGCCUGCCCCAUCUGCAAGGGAAGAAGCAGGGAGUGGAAACAAGGGCAAGGAAACAAAUCAAUAUUACCCUACGGUUGAAGACUGGUGUAGAGCCCAGGAGACCCCAGAGGGCAGUCCCGCCAGUUCAUUGGAAGGAGACCAGCAGCGCCUCCUAUUUGCUGAGAGGCCACUGCCCCACCCACCUGUCAAAUUCGGCAUGGGAGGAUCUGGCCUGUGGACCCAAAAAGGUUCCAAACAUCUGCAUUAACUCCCUUUCUUUGCAACUUCUUUCCCAGUGUGGUUUUACUAGGCUUGUUCUGUUCUUUCUUCCUGGAAAUUAGUGGAAAUGUUUUUAUUCCAGCAGAUAUUAGAAGGUUGAGUCAGGUGGCUGCCUUAACCUGACUGGGCCAUUUUCUAUCUGCCAUUAUACUGCUAAUACCACAUUGUUUUUUAAAGAACUGCAAGCUAUAUGUUUUAUUAUUAUUUAUUUACAGAGUUUGUUUUAUACCCAUUUUAUUGUUUGUUUGUUUUUCUGACAUUUUAAGCUGCCACAAGGGUCCACUUGCAGGCCAAGUAAAAGAAAUAAAAUCUGCAUCCUCCAGUUUAUAUGGCUUGUAGCAGUUUCGUAACUGGAAGUAUUUUUCAGUGUGUUGCAGGCGCUAUGUACAUUACUGGAUUUUCUGAAAGUAUCUCUGAACUACUGGGUUUCAGUAACAUUUGGGCCAUAAGGGGCAUCUCACUUGCUGUGCUGCUGGGUUUGCUUGGAAUUAACCUUGCCGGUGUGAAAUGGAUAAUCCGUCUCCAGCUGCUGCUUCUCUUCCUACUGGCUGUUUCCACGCUGGAUUUUGUCAUUGGAUCUUUCACACACCUAGAUCCAGGUAAAUUUGGUAUUCUUUAUUUAUCUACUUACCUAUUGGACAUGCAGUGGUACCUUGGUUCUUGAAUGUAAUCUGUUCCGGAAAUCCUUUCGACUUCCGAAACGUUCAAAAACCAAGGUGCAGCUUCUGAUUGGUGCAGGUGCCCUGGAAACAAUAGCCAACAGCCGUAUCGGAUGUUUGGCUUCUGAAAAACCGGAACACUUACUUCUGGUUUUUGAACAUUUUUUGGAAGCUGGAAAACUCUUACUUCCGGGUUUUCGGCGUUCGGGAGCCGAAAUGUUCGAGUACCAAGGCGUUCGAGAACCGAGGUUUCACUGUACAGUGGUACCUCGGGUUACAUACGCUUCAGGUUACAUACGCUUCAGGUUACAGACUCCACUAACCCAGAAAUAUUACCUCGGGUUAAGAACUUUGCUUCAGGAUGAGAACAGAAAUUGUGCAGCGGUGGUGCAGCGGCAGCGAGAGGCCCCAUUAGCUAAAGUGGUGCUUCAGGUUAAGAACAGUUUCAGGUUAUCAACGGACCUCCAGAACGAAUCAAGUUCUUAACCUGAGGUACCACUGUAUUUAUUACCCACCCUUGACCAAAGGUUCUAGGGUGUGCUCCAUCAUAAUAAAAAUCAGUUAAAAUAUGAUACAUAAAUAAUGGCUCACUAAAAGAACAGUACAACCAGUAAAAUCAUGAACAGAGGAUGAACCGUGAUCAAAUGUUUCCAAAAUUUGAGUGGAAAAUGGUGCGCUUUUGCAUGUCUUCUUAAUUUCUCUGAAGUUGCAGCUAGAUGCACAAGAGGCAGGCCGGGGGUCAGAAAAUGGGAGCCACUGUAUCAAGAAGUCCCUCACAUGCUGUCAUACAGCUGCAUCCCUGAGGGAUCAUUUUCCUUAAUGGCUUAGAACUUUCCACCACCAUGAGGAGACCUCAAGCAACGGACUUCUUUUUCCAGUUGCUAGGCCCCUUACAGCUGUUUGAGGGAGUUCCAUGGAAUUCUAUGUCUAUCAGUUGCUGUCUCCAUGAGUUUCGUAUUUCUACCUAAAAACUCCUUAUGUUUAAAGAUCGUCACUUCUUUGCUACUUCAAAUGCAUUUUGACUUGCAUAGAUCUAUUGCCUGACCAAUCCCAUAAAACUACCCAAGAUAGCUAAUGUAGCUAGUAUUGCUCAACAUGUUGAUUAUAGUAUCCUAUUAAGAACUGGAGAGCCUUCCCAUUUGUGCAGUUGAAGUUUGUUUUUAUUUUACCAUGAAAUUGGCUACAUAAAGCGAAGUAGAAUAAUACUUAAUCACCGUUACAUCUUUUAAAGAGAUGCAUGCUGUGAACGAUGGCACAAAUAAGAAUUUUUAGUGUGAUUUGUUCUUGAUCACGCUGUUAAAUUUAAGUACAUAAAAUUAUAUGUAGUUGCACAACUAAACAGAAGGUGUCACUUUAGAUUCAUUUUUUGUUAUCCCGCUGCUUUCUUUCUUUCUUUCUUUCUUUCUUUCUUUCUUUCUUUGGAGUUGCUUUUAUUUGUAAAAUCUACAUUGAAGUUAAAGGUUGGAGACCAGCACAGGAAAACGAUUCACUUUGCAAAGGUCCUAACAUUUUUGCAGUCGUGUUUAAUGAGUCCAAAUUAUAAGAACAGGUGUGAGUUCUGCAGUUACCUGACAGUUUGGUGAAAGGCUGCUGGGGUUGGUGACUGCUGAAGCUCUGAUUCUGCACAUAUUUUUGGUAAGCCUUAUUGUACACAGUUGGACUUAGGUGAAAUAUAAAUGUAAUCAUAAAUAAAUAAACUUUUAUAUCCUCAAAGGAGCAAAAUACAUAGUUCCCCUCCUCUCUGAGUAAUCAUCACAAGUUAAAAUAGUAUCUGAACAUGUUCACAGCACCUGGCCUUUCGUUACUAAAUGAAUCGUCAUUUCUCACACAUCUCAGAUUAGGGUUAGGGUUUCUGAUAGGAAAGAGACUCAUUUCUUGGUCAGAAUGUCAGCAUGUGCUGCUGAGGUAUGAGAUGGAAGAAUUAGCAUGUUAUGCAUGGCACACAAAAUAAUAAAAUAUCUCACUUGUUCUACUUUUUCAGAAAUGUAGCUCUCUGUAGUUUCCAGUGCUUUUUUUGUAUGCGAGUCCCUCCCUCCUUUUAAUUACUCAUAUAAACUUUACUUGGAAUGUCUUGCAUUACUGCAGAUGUCCUCUGUGUGGUAUCUGAGCUUUGAAUAAACUGGGCAUUAAAAAGAUUGUGCUCAGAAUGUGUGUUUGAAAAGUGGCAGCAUUCUUAAGAAGUGUGUGUGUGUGUGUGUGUGUGUAAGUGUGUAAGGGUGGAUAUGCAUUCCCCUCUGAGCCUCAUGAAUUUCAAAGGCACUUAAUAAAUCGACAUAGAUUUUUUUAAAGAGUUCUUUUCUAACAAAGACAAAUGGUCAAUAAAUGCUAAAAAUAACAGUAGCUACUGCAGCUGUGCAAGAGGCUGCUAUCUAGCCUCAAUACUAUUUGCAUGUAGCAUCUUGCCCCCCCCCAAUAAUUAUUCUGAGCUUUUAACACAUUAUUAGUAGUUUGCUGCUGUCGUACUUUAAGCAAGUCCAUAUGGAAACUUCUCCCAAAGCUUUGAUGUGAUUUAGAAUGUAAUAAGAUAAUUGAGAAUUUUAUAUAGGGAUCUAAUGGGAAUGAUAAUCAACGUGAGGAUACAAAACAAUGGAAUCUGAUACUGAAAAUGGGUGUGUUCUAACCAUGCAAAUUUUAGUUAAGUGAUACAGCACAUCUACAAAAUCAUUUGUUUUGCUGCAUCGUGUUCUCUCCACUUGUAACUAGAACAUUUAAUUUACAAGUAUCAGCCUCCAUAGGAAAUACUAAUAAGUAUUAACUAUACUGCUCUUUAAAAUAUAAAACCAAUGCUAAUUAGGCUUUUAAAAGAGUCCUUCACAGAAGGACAAAACAUAUUUUAACGCAUAUUAGACUUACUCAUCACAAUCAUCUUACUUUAAAAGAUCCCCCCCUUUUAAACUUUCUAGGGGGAGGGGGAAACCUCACAUCCAGACUUGUGUACACCCUCCUUUUGGUUCUCAAAUGAAUUCUACUACGUGAUUAUGCUUGGGUGGAGUUUCCUUGCUGUAUCACUCCCAUUUCCUCAACUCCACACACACACACACACACACACACACACACACACACCCAAUAUUAUCCCAGUGUUCAGUCACUUCCUUCCCCUUGUUGCUUUUAUUUUUAGAAUUUCAAGGCAGAGACACAUUUUUACAUUUAGAGGGUUUUCUCAGAUGGGGUUCCCAUCUUCCUGUAUAAGUUCUUCCCUAAAAUAAUCUCUCUAUAUUGUAUAAUCCUGGAAGUAAAGAACUCCUGUUUGAUUUUGUUUCUAGGUCACAUUAAAACAGCUGCAUCUUUUCCACAGAGCGUAAAGUUCUGGUGUCUUUGUGGGUCUUUCUGGGCAGUAUAUUUCAUUUCACCCCCAUUCCCCCAGGAUUGUCAUUUGGAAGAGGAGAUCAGAAGCAGACCUCAAAUGUAUGCAUUUUCUCCUCUUCUUCCUUGAAUAAGAGGAGAAAUGAGUAAUUGACCAGGGAGAUAUUAGACCCUACGAGAUUAAACUUUCUAAAGAGUGAGCUUUGUCUCCAAGGAUUUUGGGGGUAGGGGAUUGAAUGUAGUAAUUCUCAGUUCAGUCACUUUUCCUUCCAGUGGGGUCAGGAUGGGAGCUUGAGGCCUAUUCAUAGUCACCAUCCUAAGUGGGAAAAUAUUGCCUGAACAAGUAGAUUUUGGUAGAUAGCUAGCUGAUAAACAUUAGCUUGUUAAAUGUGAAAUGGCAUACAUUUUUCUUAGUGUCUGUGCAGUUGUCUUGAGGAGAGCUCUGUUGCUAUUGAAGGGCACACAUAUUAGCAGCUUUUUACGUUAUUUUAUCCCUAAGGAUGUUCUGGUUUUGCAGAACUGGGAGUGGUACAAUGGGAUGAUUCCUGAAAAUGAAUCAGAAGGCCUUGCAUUUCUAUCCAGUUCACAGGGAGGAGUAGGCAAUGCCAAUCAUGUGAAUCCCAGAGUUCUUCAAGUGGAAGAUAUGACCUACAACAAUUGCCACCAGCAGCAAAAACAUAACCCAUCAACAAACUCAGACUUACAAAACAAUCUUAACCCCUUAUCUGUGCAGGUGAUGGUAGGGUUAGGAGUAGUGGAGGCAUAUUUCCACUAGGUUCUGCUGGUGAGUGGGUCUCCACCACCACAGCUCCCCCCUUUGCCUGCCAACAGCAUGGACUAUUGACUGGAUAUUGGUUAUGGUGUUCCCACUGGCUGUAGCCUCAAAAAACGAGUGGCAGUUGGGUAGAGAUGGGCUGGCCAUGGGUCUGCUACAACCUAAGCCAGCAAGUGGCCUGAUCUGUGCCUUUCUACUGCAACAGCCUGCAGCUCACACAGCAAAAAUUUCGUAGAAUCACCUCCCCGAGCUUUUCUAACUUUUCAUGUUGGUGACACACUUUGUAGACAUGCAUCAUUUCAUGACACAGUAAUUCAGUUUUACUGGCAAACUGGAGGUUAAAUUAACCCCUUUCCUGCCCCGGAAGGAGCGAGGGGAGGAUUUGCAGGCAUACCUACACACUGCAGCCGACACACUAACGUGUCACAACACACGGUUUGGAAAGCUCUUCCCCUCCCCCUCUUUGCCCUGGCUGUCAUGAACAGUAGGGUUUCAAACGUGGUGGUCCAUUCAGCCCCCCUGUUCCCUAGCCGUGAGGCAGGAUUGCUCCCUAAAUGCCCUUCUGGAACAUAUCAGUGCAAAUGUAUGUAGGGCAUUCAGUUUAAUGGUGUUCAGAUUCAGCUGUUUGGAGGUUAUGCUUGAAAAGGAAGACAGAUAAAAAGAGGGGAAACUUCAGAGGAGAACAAUCAUAGCUUAAUUUGAGACAGAGUUCCUCACAAUCCUAGGCGCCUGUGAAAAAGUGGCUUUUUCUGAGGUUAAAAAAGCUUUUGGGACAAAGUGAAAGCUGACAGAGAGGGACCAGAUGCAAAGAAAGCCAGAUCUGUGAUCAAAGCAACCUUCUUUGUGCCUGGAUACGAGCUGCACAUUCUCCUUUCUACCAGAUUGGACACAACUAUUUGUAUCUGUUCAUCGUAAGCCAGGAGUUGAGAACCAGUGGCUCCAAGUCCAGUCAUACCCAGUCCACAUAUCCCAUGGAAAUUGUAGGGCAGAAAUAUCUGAAGGGCCACAGGGUUUCCCACCAAUGUAUUAGAUACUUAUUUUUUAAGGAAAAGCAUGUGGUUUCCUUCCCCCGUAAUGGCAAUGUAAAUUCACUCACGCGACCCUCUCCAUCUUCCACCUAGGCAAGCAAAAAGCAUUGGCAAAUACAUUCUAUCCAGGCAAAAAUAGUCGAGAAGGAUGCAGAUCUGGGGCUGUAAGCAGGGGCAGCCAGGUGAGGCGAGGCCAUUUGCUUCAGGUGGCGGAUCUGACCGCCCCACCCCUGCCGGUGUGCUGCUUCCAGGCCUACCGGGGCUUCACCAAUGCCACCAGCACAGCCCUUGGUUCUGCUUCAUUGUGACAGGUGUGGUGGUGGCAGGUACAGUUGUGGUGAUGGGGCUGGCAGGGGGCAUAUGUGGUGGUGGCAGGACGUUUUCCCUACAUCGACACAACAUCUCUGGUUGGCCCUGGGAUAAGGCAUGUGGUCUGUGGAGAGUUAUGUGCUAGAGUAGGCACAUAGGUCACUUAGUCUCAGUAUCCCCCACCAUGGUAAGAUGAAUUAUAUUUCUCUUUAAGUUAUAUAAUUUAAACAUUAGCAUCUAUCCGUAGAAAGCCUCACAUGCAAACUUAUGCAAAUCAUUUUAUCCUCUCUCCCUUUCUUUUGCAAUGGAAACCCCUGCUUUGAAAACCCAAACCCUUUGCUGUGGGAAAUGGGAGUCGGCAGAGGACUAGAUUUCCUUACCGUCUUAUAUUAGUGUGCUUGCAUCAUGCGAGAUAAAAGCCUAGUGGGAUAUGUAGUAUUCUUUCAUAUUCACACUUUGGGAAGGUGAAAGGGUUCCAAUUCCCACUGGGCCAUAGGGGACUAAUUGCAAAAUUUCAAGCAGCUUGGCAUUUCUAAUUAGGACUUGUGCACAUACCCAAAAGGAAGCGUGUUCUUUAAACCAAGUACAGAACCAAGCCCAAAAAAUCCUGUUGGCAGCCCUGCAAUUCAUUUUCAAGGACUCUUAGUAAAGUACCAAAAUAGAAAUAAAGAAGAGUCCUUCCUAAUAAUAUUACCUAGUUUUCAUUAUCCUAGCAUUUCUCUGUAAUUCUUUUGGGCUGUGAUUCCUUCCAAUCAGCACUCUACACAGAGGCAUCCAUUUUCCUGUUUUGUCAAUUAUUUUUUAGGAAUCCUAUUAAAACAAAGCUAUGUAAGGAUGUAAAUAAAAAAAUGUAGGUGGCUUUUUUAUUCCUUCUAGACAAAAUCUGUUAAUAAUUUCCAACAUUUUGUUGUUGCUGGGUAUUGUUUUGUUUCACAAGGAAGAUUUAAGAAGAAACUGAUGUUGCAGGCAUUUUGUUUUUAAGCAGAAAAGUUUCUCUUUGUGUUUCUUGCUAGGACUUUUAAUUGGAUAUUUAUAUAUCUGAUAAAGUUAGGACAGGAACAUCUGGCUUGUUUUAUGUUUCGUGAUUAUACCAAAUUGGUAACCAUUUGCCAUACAUGGUAAUGCUAAAGAUGCUAUUUUUAUCUUAUCCCCUUUUUCUUUGUACUGGAUAAAGUUGAGAAUCAGCAAACAUCAUUAACAAAGGAAUCUAGGCAAGUGGAUGCUCAGAAGCACUAGUGCAGAUGGUGAAUGUAUUUUGGUAAAUUUAUAACCUUGCACAAGCCAAAACAACAGUAAGUAAGCAAACAAACCCAUUCAGACAUUCCUUCACACUUUCAUCUGGUUUUUUCUGUUCUUCUGCAGUUGGUUUACUUAGCAUGUCCAUCUUCUGUUUCCUUGUUAACUGAUGCAGAAAUAUAUGUAAUUUUCAACGUCUUUUACACUGCAGGAUAUAUGUGUGUGUCUCAGCCAUCAACAGAUAUUUACAAAUCAAUUUCCUUCCCUGUGUGUUCCUUUUCAAAAUUAAUGAAUUUCCACAGGGGUAGCCCUAUUAGUCUUGUGCUGCAAAAGUUAUUGAAGUAGCUAAUGGCUACUGUUGUGGCAAUCCUAACCAUGUCUACUCAAAAGAUAGUUCCAUUGAAUUCAGUAGGGCUUAUUCCCAGGUAGGUGUGUGGGGUUUUAGGGAAGGGGUAGUACCUUUGAUGGGGGACACAUCGUGCACCUUCUGGGGGUAGUUUGUCCACCUUUGGUUCCCACCCUGCACUCAGCUCUUACCUGUGGCUCCUAGAAGCUGUCAGCAUGUGACAAUGGCCACACCCCAAGGAACGGCUUCGACUGGCUUGCUGAACCAGGUGAGGGUAGCCUAUGGGUCUCAAAACCUUGGUGAGUUAGGCAUUUUCCCUGCAUGUGAUGGCAAGCUCUGGCAGAUUGAGUGGACGAGACCAAUAGUGGGUUGAACGGUCAAGAAGGUGGUUUCUGCAUGUUCUGUAGAGGGAAGUGAGGGUCAGAUGGGGCUUGUCAACCUGGGAAGGUAGCCCAUCUAGGAGAAGGAAAACUCUGAUCUGCCUACUCUGCCUUGCGGGAUAUCUUUGGGAGAAGAAAAGGCUAAGGAGUAAACCCUACACAAAUCCAGAGUGGAGUCCCUAAGAUGGUUGCAUGGUGCCUUGUAUGCUUCCUUCCAGCAACUCCUGCAGCCAAGCUGGUGCCAAACAUAUUGCUCUGCUUUCCUUUGGACCACAUCAGUGAGGCUGAGAGUGGAGUCUUGUCAUCUGGGCAGCCCAGGACACUGCCUAGGUUUGUGUCUCAGGGAGUUCACUUUGGUGCUGCUAAUGCAGAAAUUUGACUUCACCGCCAGAGGCAUACUCCAUUGUCUCUCGAGACAGCUGGAUGCCAACAACAGUUCCCAAGUAAAUGUGUUUAGGAUUGCAGGUUUGCUAUGAUUUUGCAGUUCAAUACAAACAAAAUCAUGUCGCAUUUCCCCCACUCAGGCACCAAGAAAGGAAGCACUCUGUUUUUAUCGUGCAACAAAUCCUGUGGGCACCUUAAACAUUUUACCAAGCACUAUCCUGCACACAUUGCAAUGUCAGUUAUGUAAGCACUUUCUGUAAUGCAGCAUUUUAUUUCAUAAAUUCAUAUUUCAUGCUGAAAAUGGCUGUGAGUACACAUCUGCUGAAACAUAACAUACAAGUUAGUUUAUAUUUUAAAUGUUUGUAGUGAGCAUUAUUUUGAAAACGUCAGACUUUUAACUGAGGGGCACAGAUAAAGUCAGCAGGUAUAAAAAGAGAUCAGUUCUUUCCAAGUGAAAAGAACAAUAAUGAAUGUUGCAUUCCAUUGAUUUUUAAAAUUCUCAAUGGGAAGCAGGUUAAUGCUGCAAUCGUUUCUCUAGGUGCUUUUAAGUUCUACAUCAAAUUCAUCUGCCAGUCACUUGCACUUCUCUAUUGUGAUAAAGAUCUUUCUAGCUUCCCUGUAUUGUUUCAUUAUUCCCAACGAGAUUGUGUUGCCUAUGCCUGUUGUAGUUCGGCCUGAAAUUGAAAUGAACCCAAGGCAUUUUUCAUGUACAAAUACAAGUGCAUUCCCAUCACUUUCUUCCCCAAGUCUUCCACCUAGAUACAGUUGUUCUAUGUAAGACAUAUCUAUGGUUUUGUGCACUUAAACAGAGAAUUUCAGGGAAGUGUUAGCCUUCACAAUAAUAUCUUGCCUUAAAAUUUGGCCACAUAAUUUGAUUAACCUGAUCUGUAUUCUUGCAGGUGUGUGUGUGUGUGUGUGUGUGUGUGUGUGUAAAAUCUCACACCCUGCCACUCUUACAAAGUAUGCCAGACACGUGUAAGUGAGGGAGAGCAGUGGACAUAAUACUAUAUACAUUUACUGUACAAACUACCAACAUGAAGAGUCCUAGUUUAAGGCAACUUCAUGUAUUCAUGUGAGAUACAAGCUUUUAACGAGGGGAAAGAAUAUAUAAAGCACAAACAGUAACAAAUCAUAAUGUGCCUUCCUUGUGCAAAUACAGUGUCAUUUUGGGCAGCUUGACACAUCAUUCUAAAUGGCAAUAUGGUCCCCUUCCAGUUCUUUGACUCUUAGCUGCAUUAUUUCAUGAAUGCCUUAUUUUGCUGUGCUGUUAUUGUGGAUUAUUUAACCACCUUACAUUAUAAUUUACCAUGGGGUUAUUUUUUGUACCAAUUUUUGUUAAUGACAUCAUUAAUACUUGUUUACUGGAAAGAGAAGAAGGGUGUGUGUGUGUUUAAUGGUAUAUAGGUCACUUAAUUUUUUUCUAUGUUUUGGGGAUACAGCAGAGAUAAUGCAUAGUCUUAACUAUGGACACCCCAGCACCUGACGCUGAGAGGCAGUGGGGCACUUAGUAGCAAAAAGAAACACUAAUGCCGAUUGUAAAUUAAGGUUAUAUUUCAUUAAGGAUUUCUGCAAAGAAAGAAAUGUUAACAGGAUGUCUGCUGAGCUUGGGUGGAACACCAGAUGACACCCACACCCACACCCUGGGGGUGGGGGAAGCUACAUGCUUUAAAACAUUUCUUUAACAUUUCAGGAUAUAAACAGUUCGACACAGUUUUGAAAGAGAAUGCAUAGGGACAUUGUAUGCAACAUAUAUGUAAAAUAUAUACUUUAUUUUUCCAUCUAUAAGACGCCCCCAUGUAUAAGACACCCCCUAUUUGGGGGGACUCAGAUUUAAGAAAAUCGGGGGGGAGAUGGCCCAGAGUAUAAGAAGCCCCCUAAUUUUUGAUAUUAUUUUUUAGGGGAAAAACCUAGUCUUAUACAUGGGAAAAUACGGUAUGGAGAAAGAUGUUGAUGUGCAACUAAUCACACACACCGCCCAGGCAUUGCCCUCCCGAUUGCUCCCGACUUGAAAUACAUCUGGAAAUUGGCAUUGAAUUCCUGAGCUGCAAAACUACUGAACAAAAACAGCAGCAUAAAUCCCAUGCAGCUACUGAUCAAGGUAGACACCAUGGGUGAACAAAGUAGGAGACUGCUAAUGCGGUCUUUUAUUUAUUUAUUUUUAAAAAAACCCACCCUGCUUGCUUCCACCCACAUUUUUCCAAUUAUAGCGCAUUGAAUUGAUGUGACAUCACUCUUGACCAUAGGCCAGUCUAUUCAACAGUCUGGCGAAGAAAUUUAUUAACUGGUUACCUGCCAAUUGUCUGGAGUCCGGAUUGCAGUGCAGACGUAUUUCUUUCUUUUUAAUGAUAACACUGUUAGGGGGCCUUACAUUGACAAGCCCACAGAGGCCUGCAGGAUCUCUGAAGUAGAUAUUCCAGAGCCAGAUCAUGGCUAAAAUAAAAGAUUUACUAAUGGGUAAAUCUACUUUAGAGGCAGAAGGGAUGGGAGGAAUGUUUAACUGUUUCAGUUUACCAACACCAGUACAUACAAACACUUCUCUCCUUGGCAGACAGAACACUAAUACGUAGCUAUCUAUCACUUCGUAGUUUGUUUUAGUUUUCUCAUUUAAAAUCCAAAGAACAAAGGCGGUAGUAGUCAGUGUGGUUGGGCCAGGAUUUUUGUUGGGGGAGGGCAGGACUUUUGUUAGGGGGAGCAGAACCAACAUGAUUGGUCAGUUAAGUAUUUCUAUUGUUUCAUUGAUCUGGGGAGGCAGCUGCCCCUCCCUGCCCCCCCUUGGCUAUGCCCAUGGGCACACAGCUGACCUGGUCAGUUGCAUUACUGCUGCUUACCCAGAGGUAGAGAGAGGAGCGAGGUGCCAGUGAGAUUGGCUCAUCUGGAGCUUCCUCUGGCACCCUGCUAACUACUCCAUCACCUUCUCCCUCCCUUCCACAUCAUGGUAAGCAGCAGUGAUGCAACUGACGAGGUCAGGUGACUCCUGCUGCCUAACCAAGCCAAUAUUCCAUAAUGGGUAUUGCAAUCUCUGCAAAGUUUCAUCAGCGUGAAUUGCAUCGGCUGAGGAAAAUUACACUUUGCAAGCGUUGAGUUCCUGGAUCAAAACACACCUCUCUUGAGCUCCCCUUUGUUUUAAGAUUAGCACUGUAGUCCCAAGCACCCAAGUGAGGCUGUUGAACACAAUGGGACUUACUUCCCAGGAAACAUGCAUAGAGUUGCCCUGCAUAAAAUGUGGAGUCUGCUUCGCUGUAAUUGUGGAAAUGUGAAGCAUUUUAAUGUGUGAGGCUUUACCCUGUUUUUGUUGUUUUAGCUGUUGUUAAAUUUGUGCUAGAAUGUUAAUUGAAUGGAUAAAAUGCCUGAUUCAGUAUGGUGUAUGGGAGGCAGGAUGUCUCAAUUUUCAUUCUGAACAUGUCCUGACUGAUGCGCUAGGGCCUAUAACUCCAUGGUAGAACACAUACUUUUUCAUGCAGCAUUUCCCAGAUUCACUCCCUGCUAUCUGGAUGAAAAAUAAUACUGGAGUAGGCCAUGGAUAGAUGUUAUUCUGCCCUCCUACAAUUUCUAUCAUUCCUGAUCAUUGGCCAUGCUGACUGUGGCGGAUGGCAGUUGUGCAGUAGAGAUACGGCACUGCUUUCUCCUGCACCUGGCUGCCCUAAGCAAGAUGGACCAGUAUUUGAUCUCAGUGUAUGGCCUCCUUGUAUAUUCAUAUGACAAAAGCUGUAGCUGUCUAGGCCAAUGGAGUCAUUUCAAAGGCUUACAAAAUAAAUUCUCCUAUUCUUUCCCUCAACAAAGAAUUGCAUUAAGCACCACUCAUAUUUACAUGGCCAAAAUAAGAUUUGGGCCAACCCAGCUUGCAUAUCAGUUUCAUGCUCUGCCAUAUAACAAUAAUUAUAUGGUAAGUAUGCAACAAGUUAGCAGUUUGAUUCUAAAAGAGUGUGGGUAGUUGUUUCCACUUGUGUUUUAGUUCUCUACUUGCACCACUGCUGCCACUUUUCCCAAAAGCUUUUAGUUGCCUCUAGCACCUGUGCUUCACUUCUAGUCAUUAUCGUGAUAUAUAUUACUCUUAGGUAAGCGCAUAUAGGAUUGUAACCUUUAUAGUUUCAAUUGCCCAAACAAUUUAGUUCUUUUCCAAGCAUGGCUUCCAUCAGUUGCUUGUAUAACUUUUUCUCCUGUGUGUUUUUAAUUCCACCUCUGCUUUCAGUUUGUAAAUCAGUCUUCAGAAAUAGGAUCGCAGACAUACGUUAGGUGAUAAUCACAAAAGGCACCUGUUUACUUUAUCGCAUAAUAAGAUAGGACUUGAAAGACUUGACGUGAGAGUCUGGUGGAAAGAAAUACCUCUUUGAACAACUUGGGAAGUGCUAAGGAUGUAGUGAGAUAGCAAUGGCUGUUAGGGGAAAAGAUACUUUAAAAUUGAGAAAAACAACAGGAAUCUAUUUUGAUAGACUUGUUUUCUCUCUGACGUUGGUCAUAGGAUGGGAGUUGGUCAAUAAAGUGGGCUGGGCAGACGAUAUCUUAAAGUUCCAUUCCCUGUUCUCGAGCUUUUACCAUUUCCAUCACGAUAAUAAAAUGGCAUUAUUCUUUACCAUCAUUAAGCUUUGUUUUCUUUCAUUUUGAUUAAUCUUUUAUCUGUGCAUUUAAGAAAUUUUCCAUCUGGACUAACCCACAGUUAGCUUUGAAAAGGUUUUGUCACCGUCCACAGUGUUUCUCCUAAGCUUUUUUUUUCUUUUUCAUUUGCAAAACCAACUUUCUUUUCUGUCUUUCCCUUUUUUUUCUACUCUAAAUUCAGCAUUCUAUAACCCAUAUUUUUUCAAACAAAAUGGCAGCUAAGCUCUCUUUGCAUAGAUUCUUUGUCUUACACAGGUUGAUUAAAAAAAAAACCCAAGGGGCCAGAUACAUCAGAGGAUCACCAUUUCUGAAAGAUAUGGCUCUGCAUUCUACAAACAAGUCCCAAGAGUGCAAAGAUUUCUGAGACAAGUGUACCUCACCAGGGAAGGCAUCCCACAAAUGGGGAAACUGCCAAUAAGGAGGCCUCCACUCAAUGGUGGCAGCAUCACCUAGAGGGCCCCCUCUGUUGAUCCUAAGGCACAAUAACACCAGGUCUGAUGGCGUAUUGAUUGGGUGGGUUGGUUAGUGGUAAGUUGCCUUGGGUCACUUUGAGCAAGAUAAAGCAACUAACAAGUCUAAUAAAUAAUAAUAAUAUAGCUGCUGUCACACGUCAGCAGAUGUGCCUUCAGAGCAGACUUUCCCCCUCAUCUGCUCAAUAUUGGCUAGCAAAAUAAUGCCAUUGUGUUUAGAAUUCCACCCCUCGAGCCCUCACCUUACCAGUGAGAGAAGGGCUGCAAUGUCAUCACUAGAUAUUACCUCGGAGUUGUGGAGAAGAGACACCAGGUUGCAGCUGCAUGCCACGUAACAUCUAAUUUGGCCCUAAGAUGCUUCAAAUAUCAGGAGAGGCAAGGAAUAUAAACAUUUCAAAUAAAUAAAAAGUGCUAAUCCACCCCAAAUUCGGCACCAUUAAAUUGCUGAACUUUUUAACCUAUGCAAAUAAUGCAAGACCACAUUGUGCUAUUUAUUGCUUAUUUGUCAUAAUUUGUUAUGUUUCUGCUUGUCUUGAGGAAGACAGAAGUCCUGCUCACUAGGCACUGUGGAAACCAUUUAUUCUCCCUUAUGGUUUGUAAGAUUUCAUCAGGUAUUUUACACAUGCUUUCAAGCCCUAUGGGCUAGUAGCAUGUGCUUGUUUUUUUUAAAAUGAAUGCUGAGAUUCUCAGAUUGCCUGAAUCUGUGUCCUGUUCUAUUUUCUUUAUUCGUGUGGUAUAAUCAUAGAAAUUGCCAAAUAUACAUACCACUGCCUGUUCAGAAUUACCGUAUUUUUUGCUCUAUAAGACUCACUUUUUCUCUCCUAAAAAGUAAGGGGAAAUGUGUGUGCAUCUUAUGGAGCGAAUGCAGGCUGUGCAGCUAUCACAGAAGCCAGAACAGCAAGAGGGAUUGCUGCUUUCACUGCGCAGCGAUCCCUCUUGAUGUUCUGGCUUCUGAGAUUCAGAAUAUCUUUUUUCUUGUUGUUCUCCUCCAAAAACUAGGUGCGUCUUGUGGUCUGGUGCGUCUUAUAGAGCGAAAAAUACGGUAUAUAGAUGCAGGUGCCGAAUUGAUGUGGUUUCUCCCUUGACUUGAGUUUGUGUACAGACAUGAUCUUCCCUUGGAAUUGUGGGCAUAAAAAUAUUUGCGUGCUGUAGCUAGAGAUGAGUCACCCCUGGGGGUCCUGCAGUAAGGUAGCUGCCUGCAUGUUAAAAGAAGUCCCCUUUGUCUCUCUGCACAUGAAUAAUGCAGUGUGACCUAAAUAGCAAACUGUUCCCACUUCACUGGCAUUGACAGCAGCUGGGGCAACAGGUGGAGUGCAUUCUUCUAUCUCCCCUACAGGGUAGCUUUCUGGAGAGGGUUAACAUGGGGGGACCCUGAGCAGCUGGCCACUGAUAGGAAAUUGUAUUGUACAGUGGCUUUAAACGGGAAGGUUUGGGAGAUCAGCUCAGAAUCAGCAAACAGUGACUUGGAAGGAACAAACAGUCAGUGCUUCUGAAGGGUGGUGAUUUCCUUUUGGGUAAACACGUCAUUAAUCUGAGGGAGCACAUUCUUUUCCAUCAAAAGAUAAGGAGGCCAAAUAGCCUUUCUCAGGGCUGGGCCUCAGUUAGAUUGUUUUUACCCCUUCAACCACAGCCCUGUGUAAGCUUUAAGGAGGCUUUGCUUUGCUUGUCAUGUGGAAUCCAGAAUCGGUUGUGAUUGAGUGUUUGACAGUGUUGCUGUAGUCUAGAAGACGUAGAAAGGGAAGAUAGAAAGCAAGAUUCUUAACUGAGCAUUCCUUCCUCCCAAUAAGGCCCCAACUAAAAAUCUUCUUUUUUGCUAUUCUUUCUACAUCUGCAGUAACAUUGCCAACCAGCCACUCAUUGACAAUUCUGAAUGUUCUAUCCUCAAAAUAAAUGAAUUAUACUUUGUGCUGGAUUUGUUCUGAAGUCUACAACCUUUGUUUCUUGUGGACAUCUUUCUUUGUUUAAUGUAGUACAUCCUGGACUGCACAAUGGUCUGGACUAGACAAGCUCUGAGACCUUUUCAACACCUGUGAUACCAGUCUAGUACCUUGAGACCUUCUGUGCAAAUCUCCCCUGCAGAUGUGUGUUCAUGAGCUUAGCCCAUUAUUUGUGUUUUAGGGAUAGACGGGUACUUAAAAGAAGAAACACAUUUUAAGUGAAAAACUAGGGUGCUGAUACUAGACUGACUUUAUCACUUAUCUAGUGCAAUCUCCCAUAGAUCUGCAGCAGGACUGGCAUCAUACCAACUGAACAUGCUGAAAACUUUGUCUUCAUGUCAUAGACUGGCUGGACGCAAAGGAAUGAUAGGAGGCACCAACUGGAGAACCCCCAGAGGGAAGAAGGUUCAGAGCCAGAGGAUUGGUGGUUGGAUGACAAGUGGUCAGAGGGAGAAGAGGGAGCAGACUGGGAGGGGAGGUGUCAGAAGCAGAAUAAGUGGCAGGGAUUAGUGAACAAGUAAAGGCUGUGUCAGAGCACAGUGUGGACUCCAAGGCAGAAGCAGAGGCCAGGGAGUCUGCCUCCUGCUGCAACCAGCUUCCUACUCCCCUGUUCUCCUAGAACAUGCAGAGAAAUGAAGUGAGCAGAACAGAGGGGGGUUGUGCGUAGACACAGCCUGAGACUGCGUGGGAAAGACCCUGGUGGGCACUGGGAAGGUGGAGAACUUCAGUCCUUGCAACUGUUUCAUUGGGGCAAGACGUCCAAGAAAGAGUUGCUGAGACCACUAGGCCAGAGCUGUGGUUUGUUUCCUUGAAUAAAGAGUUAGUGUCACUGGCCUCUGGUGAUUUAUUGUUUUGUGCUGUGACUCCAGCCCUGACAGAUAAUCUCCCCCCACCCACCAUGGCUGUAGUGACAUUUUGUUUUGUUUUCAUUUGCUAUAUAGAGCUUCCACAAAUCAGGAAGAAAAUUGCAUCACUAAGGCUCUUUGUAUCUCUUCAUACAAUAUUUUUGUCACUCUUUGAUUGAUUAUAGAUAAUACUUUUUCAAGCCUUAGACCUGUCGGAGUGUGGUCCUGCUUCUCAUAACAGCCAUAAUAGGAUAAAUACCUUAGAAGCAUCUAGCUGACCACUGCUGGGUACAGGAUGUUGACUUUCAUAAUGAUUGUUAGAUCUUAGUUUGAUCCGACGAGAUACAUUCAGCCCAGGCACUGAGAUCCAGCACCAAGAGCCUUCUAGUUAUUUUAUGUGUUCAACUCAAUGAUAUACCUGAUACGUGGUAGUUGGUCUGGGAAGCUGCCUCAGAAAUAUUGCGAAGAUGUCAAAAAUUCAUUUGAAAUUCAUCUUAUCUUGUGCCUGAUAAGCAAGAAUGAAUUAUUUUGUUCCUGUGUAUAUAAAGAUGUAGGAAUCAAGUGUUUCCAAUAAAUUGCACCACUUUCCCCAAGGAAAUAGGUCGACCCAUUAUCAAAGAGGCUGCAGAUUAUUCAGCCAGCUAUUUACAUGGUAAUUCUAUUUUUAAAAAGCGUUUAGUUAGGAGAAAACUGUAUGAAAUGAAUCAGACUCGCUUCAUAAUGGAUUUUAUUUCCAAAUGUGCUAGGAUCAGAGCGCUAAAGAUUCCUAACCAUUUGCUGCAAUGUAUAUUUAGUGCUAAAAUAGGAUCAGGUUUCUCUGAAAGGAGUCUUUGUACGUCCUGUCCGAUACAUUUGCUAGGUAUGCAUUUCUGCUGUACAUGCAUUUAUCUUUUGGGGGGAAAUAUGCUUAGUCAUAAUUUAGUUUGAGCCCAGAGUCAGCAGAGGUUAGAUUUGGUACAUUUCUUUAAAGAUCCAUGGGGCUAAAACUUUGGUAUUCCUGAAAAGGAGGCCAAAUUGUUAGCCACUUACUAACUGGGUGGGAGAAAAAAUGCUGGUUGGAUUUUCUGUCUUGGGUGCUGUAAUACCUUCAACCAUUAUGAAGAAUCAGCACUUAAGUAAGAAUUAAAAAAACUGAGCUUUCUUCUGAAUAAAUAUAGGCUUCCUUUCCCUCAUCUCUGGGCAGUUAUAUCAAGUUGCACAAGUGGUGCUGGUGAGCUCAUUGAGUGAAUCCUUUCCUUUCUAUACUAAAGACAACCAACCUCUCAACUACGUUAAAUCCCAUUGAGCAAAUACUAUCUUUCCUGACCUUUCAACAUCAUUUUAAAUAGCAUUUUAUGGUUACCCACCCUGGGACCAUUGGUUGAAGGGCAGGUAAUAAAUUAACAGCAAGAACAAUAAUAUAUUGAGUAUUGAUGUCUUCUCUCAUCAUACUACAGUGGUACCUCGGGUUAAGUAUUUAAUUCAUUCCGGAGGUCCGUACUUAACCUGAAACUGUUCUUAACCUGAAGCACCACUUUAGCUAAUGGGGCCUCUUGCUGCUGCCGCGCCACCGGAGCAUGAUUUCUGUUCUCAACCUGAAGCAAAGUUCUUAACCUGAGGUAAUAUUUCAGAGUUAGCAGAGUCUGUAACCUGAAGCGUAUGUAACCCGAGGUACCACUGUAUCUAUAUACAAGAAAUAAUGCAUAGUGAGAAUGUUUGUAGAGAAUGUGUUCUUUUCGCAUCUUAGAAGCACCUUUCCUUGCAGUGACACGAGGGGGGGGGGACCUAUUCAAUGCCCAGUUUAACUGAGUUUUCACUUAUUCCAGCAUCUUUUAGUCUUGAGCUAGGUCUCCAGAAUGAUGAUAGAAGGUCCUACUUUUAAAAACCUGCUUUAUUUCAACAUCCAAAAGUCCCCACCACUCCCCCAAAUUGCAAGCACUGUAUAGUUCAGUGAUCAUCAUCAUCACCGGCUAUUUUCAGUAUAGCAUGGCUGAGUAUUGCACUACUGCUUUCUCUUCACUUCGCUCAGCUUUAACAUUGUCAACUGACUUUAUCUUGAAUUUGACCCAAAACUUGACUAAUCUGUAAUGAAGUCCAGGCUUCGCAGAACUUGGCAUGGUGGAUAUCCUUUCGGCAGUUGCAUAAUGGCUCACCCUGCAUAACCACUGCUCACUGGCAGCUUAUUCACCUCUCAAGGCGUUUUCCAAGUUCUCAAAGCAUUCGGCCAAAACCUCAAACUCUUCCAAACCUUUAAGGUGUGUCCUUUACUCCGAAGCACUAAACACUCUAACAUCCCAAAAUAUGUGUUUUUAAAAAAUCCAUUCACCCUUACACAGAAGUUAAAAACUGCAGAAACGUAAACGUUUCCUAAGUUUCCUGUUCAUGUGCUGAGGGAAGUCAGUGAAAGCCACGGGGUAUUUGCUUCUUUUGCAAUGGCACACUACACACCGGGGGUGUGGAAUGUGAGCACAGCCUCUGUGCUAAAUCUUGUUGUUCACUCCUCUGGGAUUCUUUUCCUUGCUGUGCAUGACCCUGCCUAUGAAACCCCUCCCAGGGAGCCUUCAGUAAAGUUUUAUAGCAAAGUCUGCCUGCAGACUCCAUGAAUAAUAGAUGCCAAGUCCCGGGUUUCAUGGAUCAGUGAUUAUCGUUUUAAGGCAUAAAGAAGGAUACCCUUUUCUUUUUCAUGAAGGCUAAAGAUGGUCACGGAAAUGUGUAGCUUCAUGUGACCUCCGUGACUUUGCCAGAUGUCAAGGGGCCCAGACUCUGCCUCAAAUCCAGAAACAGUUGAGAUAAACUUGAACUGCCCCAGUAGAGACCUGACAUUUCCCAAGUCUCUUUGCCUGUUAGGUGAGAUUUCUUCCGGGCCAGAGAAAAGCGAUUAAGAUGCAGUCCUAUACACACAUAGCUCGGGUUGAAUCAUAGAAUAUAGAGCUGGAAGGGACCAUGAGGGUCACCUAGGCCAACCCCCUGAAAUGCAGGAAUCUUUUUGCCCAAUGUGAGGCUCGAACUCACAACCCUCAGAUAAAGAGACUCAUGCUCUACCAACUGAGCUACCCUUUGGAUAAACCGCAUCGAACACAGUAGAGCUUAUUUCCAGACAGGAAUAGCCAAAUCUGUCCAUUUCCGCUUCUCCUGGUUGCUCAUUUUUCCAAUCGUAGAUUCAGUUCUCCACAUGCCCACUUCAGUUUGCAGAUUUUUAAAAAAUAAAUAAAAGUUAGCAUGAAGAUUCAGCAGCAUUUUUGUACAAAUUGUACAUAUUUUUUAUAUGUAAUUUCCCCCAAUAUGCACAUUUUUGCAAACCGAUUUCCCUUAUAAUGCAAUGUAUUUUGCAUGUUUCCCCCCCCAAUAAUGUAUGAAUUUAUACUCACACUUUAGUAUAUGCUUUUUAUACACAUUAAUUGACUGGAGAGCUGCAUUGCAAAAUUCAGAUAAGUGUGAAUUUUGAAGGAUGGCUGUUUUUCAGUUCAUGUUUUGUUUCAGAAAGUGUGAAUUAGCUUAGUUUGCCUUUGAAUGUGAACUGAAUUGAGCCCCCCCCCAAAAAAACCACCCUCUUCCAGGUACAUGUGAUUUUUUAAUUGUACUAUAGAAGUGGUAAACCAGCUUCCACUCAGAUGAAGGCUAUAUAAACAAUUCCCAAAAACCAGACAUGACUUUCAAUGCCUUUCCUUGAAUGCUGAAUAAAAAAAAAGAUGCAAAUAAUUCACAGAUUCAAUUCAUUGUUGUAUAAUAAUAAUAAAAAAAAUACUCAGUCCCAGCCAUAAUAAUUGAAAUUCAGCUAAUGUAAAGGGUCAGGUAGUCUCAAACUGGGAAUCUGAGCUUCAGGACCAAAGUGUCUUCGCCUCUCGAUCACUGUGGUAUCUGGUUGAAUGAAGGACCUGCUGGUUUUCUGCAAUGCAACUGCUUUGGGUGGCCAGAGGGCAGUGCUGCAGCUACCAACUCAGUAGGAUCAGGUGAUACAAGGAGCAAAUGAGAUUCUACCAGUCCUAUAAGCCCCUGGCUCUGGAAUAGCUUCUCAGUCUGAGCAGCCUGAUGCUUUGCCUCCCUUCCAGAUCACCAUCUCCAACACUGAUCAGGAUUUGAAUAUUCUAAUGAUACAAUUUUGCUGGCUUUGCAAUUUAUGAUUAAAAUAGGCUUGUUAAUUAUCCCUGAUUUUAAUACAUGCUGGUGUGGUGGUGUUGUUGUUGUUUUUUAAAAAAGAACUGUUUCCUAUUUAUUCCAAAGCACCACAGUCCAGAAACAUGAUAGAUGUCUUAUUUCAGACUUGAUAGUGCAGUAUUCCCCUUCAACAUUUGCUGUCAUAUCUUUGUGAUUCAUUAACAAUGCAGUUGCCUUUUUCUGACGCUCGUGGAAAGUAGACCAUCUCCGCAAAUAAGUAGCAACGGAAAACAAUAGGAUAUGAUGGGGAGGAUGUAAAUAAGGAGAGCAUAAAUAAAGACUGCAGCAGGCUAUGACGUUAAACAUGUGUUAUUUUACUUUGAAACAUGCAGAACAUGGUUUCGUUGGUUAUUCAGAGGAGCUAAUGUUGAAUAACACGCUGCCGAACUACAGCCCGGGGGAGUCUUUCUUCACUGUGUUUGGAGUGUUCUUCCCAGCUGCUACAGGUACCGUAGAAUUGUAUAAGAUGCACUUAAUAAUUCUUGUGGUUGUAAGUGUGCUACACAAAUACAGAAUCCUAAACAUCUCCCUUGUACUUUUUUAAAACCCAUAAGUUUACAGUCCUUAUUCUAGUGAAGAAAAUUUGGGAGCACUAUCUAUUUGCUUUAAAAGUGCAACACACACACACACACACACACACACACUGGUGGUUGUGCAAAAAGGAAUGACUUCUGAACUCUACAUAGAUCUCUGUCUCUUCUUUUGACUUUUCAGUCUCUCUUCCCCACCCCUCUCAAAUAUCUUGUGUAUUCUUUGCUAUGUCUUUGAUGAAAGCAGCAGAAGCAGGAUUGGCAGCCUUGCCCUCAGAACAUUCUGGAGUGUUUUUGCGGGCUGUUUAUUUGUUGGCUUGUUUCUGUACCUUUCUGCCCAAGCUCCCAGGGGAACAAUAAAAUCAAUACAAUUAAACUCCACGAUGGCAGAAAUAGACCAGCCACACACCAAAGAUAAACUGGAAACCUAUCACAAUAAAUGUUGGCCUGAAACCUGUGGAAUUAAGAUGCUGGCAGUUUUAAGAUCCCUUUCCUAAUGAUCCCUCGUGUGGUUUUCUCCUUUUCCACAGCUGCCACACACUAGGCCAACAUUUUCAUUGAGCUACUCCAAGUUUCCUUUCCUGAUCACUUGCCACCAGCUCAGACCACAUCAGUCUGCUUAUUAGGAUUCUUUUACCACCAGGUGCAUCAGCUUAAACGAUGACACUGAAUUUGCCAUUUUAUUGCCCAUUCACCCAGUUUGGCACCUUUGGAGUGAUUUGUAAUCACCUUUUGUUUUCAUCAAGCUGACUAAUUCAAUGUCAUCUCACUACUCACCCCUAACUCCAGAUCAUCUAUGAACAAGUUUAAAAACACAGGCCCUAAUACAAAUCUUGGGGGAAACAACACAUUUCUUUCACAUCCCUCCAUUGUGAGAACUGUCCAUUGACUCUUGCUCUGUGCUUCUUGUUCUUUAACCUUUACUGAUUUCCCAAGAGGAUCCACAUGGUGGCUAGGAUUGCUCAGGAGCCUUUCAUGAAAGUCUGUUGGCUCACCUCCAGCUACAUGCUUGGUUAGUACCUGAGUAGAGACCAUUGUUUAUUUUACAAAAUUUCCUAAAAUUAGAGAUAGAGAUAGAUAAUGAUGGGGGAGAGGCAGAGAGAAACCCUAUACAUAAUGCCGAAGCAUAGUUGCUUUGCAUCCAACACAGGCAAGUACAGAAGGAGGAAUAUUUAUGAGUGCUGCAAUAAAAAUUACCCUCAAUGUUGUUAAAUGGUUCUUCACUCUUCCUAAUUCUUGGCAGCUAGGAAAGAAGCCAAACCUAACAGAUAUAAUUUAUUUCAAAAGUAUGGGUGAAUUAUUACUUCAUUAGUACUAGUAAAACCAGUAGCUAUGCUAAACGCUCUCCCUGAGUGCAAUUUUUUGUGUUAAGAAUAUCAUUAAUUUGGUUGCUACCGAACAGCUUCCUCUUUAUUCUUCUAGUAUGUUUUAUAGCAUUUAGCUUCUCACAAUGGCCGUGUGUCAGUGGCAUGUGUAAAUUAACGUCCCGUUCCUCUAGCUAGCUGUGUUCAAAUAAUGCUUGCAGGAACUUGGCCUGAAGAAGAACCCCUCUUGAGCAUUUGGAACCUAACAUUGCCACAAACUGCAGACAACUAGAUAAGCAGCAACUCAAAAAUAAUGUAGGAGUAUGAGCUACAGACUCAGAAAACAGUUUCAGCUAGUAAGGGGAGAGGAAUAAGUAGAGAGAAGCCCAUGAAGAGGGCCAAAAGUGAAAGAUAGAAAAAAUUGUGAAAGUAUACUUAAUCCUAAACCUUUUUACAAGUCUCAGUCCCACUGAAACAAAGUUUAGGACUAGUUUGUCGUGAGAGUAAAAUGUGAGAACCUUCACAUUGCCAUCAGUGAAAUCAUCAAGUGAUAAUGAUAAUAUGAACACCCGUGCAAUUAACGGGUAUCUGGUCCUACCUAAUGGUUGAUUCUGUAGCACUGGUGAAGCCAUAUGGGUAUGGAUCAUGUGGGAGGCCAAUGUGGAAACCAUUUAAGAGCAGGAUAAAAGCACAAUUAAGAAUGAGCUGGAAUUAAAGUGACUCAGAGCAAGAGAAACACAGGUAUCUAGAGAUAAUCAUAGGAGGAAUUGGAUAGUUUCUCAGGCACCAGAACAGAUUUUAAUUCUGAAGCCACAACAUACUAUUUUUUAUUAUUAGUGUUAGUACUAGUAAUAUUCAAGGGGCCUAACAGUAAUCAGACGACAUUGUGAUGUAAGCUUAGUCAAUGUCUCAGGAUGUGUUGUUUUUUUCUACAACAAACACGGCUUCCACUCUAAAAUGUAUUAUUGCAACGCCAUCAUUCACUUACUCCACAUUAAGACCGUUUAGCCCAUAACAAACAUGGCAAACAGUCACUUGGUAUUUCCCGAGUCUGAACAUUCUGUAGGAGUCCUACAUUCUAGAGAAUUUCUGUAGAAUUUUGUUUCUGGCAUUUGUCUAAAUAGCCAAAGACGAAAAUGAAGCUGUGUGGAUGGCUGAACUCCCCUCUCAAGCAAGCCUUAAACAUGUGACCCACCAACCCAAACCUAGACCACCAGCCAAGUAUUGUGGCCUGUGAUGAGCUUGACAAAUGCUCUUGUUUUAUAUUCCCAGACAAACAUUAGAAGAAGUUUUAUAAAGUCCUUGUUGGGCUGUACAGACUGAGGGGUGCUUUUCACUUGGAGGCUAGUACUACAAGUUAUUCUUUAAGAUCCUGGGAUAUAGAGCUAGCACAUAAGAUGUGAUGAAGGAUAGUAGCACCAGUCUCUCUUCUUUUAGUGUUCUCUGGGGCCCUGAUUGGCCCCUAGUCAAGGUUUUUGCUUCUUUCUAAAAUCUGUGUAAUCCAGGCCUAAAGAACCUGCAGUCCUCCAAUAUGAUGUUGGAUUGCAGCUCCUGUCAUCCCCAACUAUUGACAAUACUGGCUGCAUGAUUGAAGUUGGAGUUCAACAACACUUGGAGGGCCACAGGUUCCCCGGAGGGCCACAGUUGUAAACCAUUCUAGAUCUGACAAACUGUUUGCAAACUUAUUACUUGCAAGCCAAAGGUUUUUCACUCAGACCUCCCUGCAUUUUUAUUUAGACUCCUAUCCUCUCUUGUGUUUGACAUAGACUGCCCAUUUAUUGAUCUUGGCCCCUGUCUAUAAUAUAGUGUCAUAACAAAACAUUUGGUUAAAUGCAAAUUGUGGUGGAUAAUCUUACUGGCAGAUCCAUGUGGGCGGUACUGAAUAUAGUUUGUAGAUUUAAGGAAUCAUGCUCUUACUUUACCAGUGAGUGUGGUUUAGCAGUACUGGAGUUUGCCAGUGGCUGGUUUUAUGCCUGGAUGCACCUGUUAAGCUGAGAAUAAAUGUAAGGAAUUGCUUUGACAUUCUGAAAUGGCAGAAAGCCACAUGAGCAAUAUUUUCAGAAAGGCCAUUGCUUUCUAUGAAAAAAAGAUGAGGUUCUGACUAAUUCAAGCCCAUUCUUCAACUUAAGCUGUGAUUCCAAGUGUGGGAGGAAGAUGGAAACAGAAGGUGGUUUAACUACCUCAUCCAGCAAAGGGAGACUAUGUCCUUCCUUCAGUUCCCACCCCCAAUUUGUAGCCCUACCAAUAUUGGAGCUCCAAAGUUGUUAAGGGAAAGGCUGCAGAAGUUCUAAUGGUGGUAGAGAAAGGAUUUCUGACUUCAGAUAUCCCUGUCAAUGGUUAAAGCGCUUUCCCUUUUUUUCUGCCCUUGGGGAGAGAGAGAUCCUGUGCUCCCUAUAGCUCCUGGGGCACUCUGCUAGGGACCUUAGGAUUGCAGAGCUAAAAACUUGAACAGCCUGACAAGGCAACUGCAGCUCUAGCUACACAGAUGGAGCAGUCUUGCUCCUACUUCAGCCUGCCAGAACCAAAGGUCAUAGUUGGGUCUCACGGUAACGUAGAGUUCUGCAACUAAGUCACUAUCUGGCUCCAGUGUAGUUAAAUCAGACUAACGUGUCGUUUCUAGAGACUGCUUGGACAGAGAAUAAUAACAAUACGGUAAUGAAUUGAAGGUUGUGGAUUAAAUUUCAUUCUCAGUGUCUUUGGAUUUUUUGUUUAUCAUGCUCCACUGAUGUAAGUAACAGUAAUAUUACUUUAUUUUAUAGCCACACGACCAAUAAUGUCAUGCAGCUCUGCUCCUUUCUUUGUAAUAGAUAUUUAAAGCAUUUCAGAUGAAGCUACUGGCUUUCUUCCCGAACAUUUUGUAAUGUAAUAGUAAAGAAGUGGCUCUGUCAUCCAAGCAAUUAAACUGUUGCAUGAGUUGCAUGAGAAGUUGUGGGUGUGGGAGAUGUUGAUUUUACUGAAUUAGUUCAGAAAGACUGCAACAACAACCACAGAUAGUUUAAAAAUACUGAAAGGGAAAGCCAUUCCAGAUGUAGGCAGAAAGGAUUUUUUUUUUACCAUACACGCAUGUGUGUGUGUGUACAGAAAUGUAUUAAACAGUUUGCUCAUUUGGGCUGAAAUAUGUACUUGCAGAGUAAUCCUAAGCAUGUUUACUCUGAAGUGAGUCUCCCUGGGUUCAAUAGGAUAUGGUCUCUCCAGUAAGCGUUUUUAGAAUUGCAGCCUUAGGCAUUCCCAAAUACGGCCCCUUUGAAAUCCAAGCAUAGCUGAUACUAGAAUAGGCUUUGUAUGUUAAUGCCAGGUCUGGGCAUGGUAACGUAUAGGUAGCAAGAAUGGACAUUAUGGUAGAUUGCACAGAGGCACCCAACAUUAUUCUGGAAACUGCAUUCUGUGUUAGCUGCACUUUUCUGGCAAUUUUCAAGGCUAAUCCUAAGUAGUGUGUGCUACAGUGAUCUGGGCAAAAGGUUGCUAGAGCAUGCAAAACUGUACAUGUUAUCUUGGUUGAGGAACAGACAUAGCUGGCAAAUCAGCCAAAGCUGGAAGUAGGCACCUCUUUGUUUAUGGCAUUUCUAUACUGCGUAAUCAUUUCUAAGUUAUGUACAUAAAAAUAAACAUUUCCCACACAACCUUAAUAAACCAAGAUGCUAUGUGGACCCUGUAACAUUGGAGAGGACCUUGGGAGUGACUGUAUCAACAGUCCUCCUCAUCUUGCUGUCCCACAACAGGACCAGGGCCUAAACAGGAUCACAGUCUCUAUCCACUGGGAAACUCUCCAGAGUACUCAAGAAUCAGUUUCCAUUAGCCUUUGAUGGCAGACCAUCUGAAUCGGUCCUCCAUCCCAGCAGGGAGUGACUGCUGCUAAAAGUACAACCUUUAACAGGAAACUGAUUUCACAGAAUGGGACAAUCUUGAAAGUAUCAAGCAGCACCCAAACACUAUUGGAUUGGGGUGUCCUUUCUUGGGUUGGAACAAGACAGAAUCAAAACAAGCAGAGCAAUCAAAGACUGUCUUGGUAGGAGAGAAAUAUAGCAUUUAAACUGAGACAAAAAUGACGGAUUGCUACUGUGUGAAUGCAAAACUGAGGUAAGAAUGAAAGGCCCAAGUUAGAGCAAAGAAGGUGGUGAUUAUUGAUACCGUAAACUGACUUUUAGCUUGCUCACACUUCCCUUGCCACGCUCCUUUCCCAGGGAAAACUCGCUCUAAAUCGGAACAAACAGCAGCCCACUGAAAAGCCGAUUGCUGUUUGCUCCAGUUGAGUCCUAAGGAGUGGUUUUCCCUGGGGAAGAGCAGUGGGACAAGAGGAAGUGCCGAUAAGCCCUUUGUCUGAGCUGCUGUAAGCUGUAACAUAGGAAAGUGCUCUUUUGGUUCAGUUCUAGUGCCUUUUUACUUGGAAGAAAGAUGCGUGUUGCAGGGUGCUGGGUAAUCCUUUCCCCUGCGUACUGAGUGUAUGUAUGUGACUGUUGUUUUAUCAAAUAGUUACCAAUUGAACACUUUGCAAUUAAUUCGUUAAGGAGAGCCCACCUAUACCAAAUUGGUAGAGGGUGGGUAACAGUAAUCACAGACAUAAAGGGCAAAUGCUGGAUCCCUUUGUCCUGAAGGCUCGUGAUCUAAACAUUUUGUAACAAGAGUUAUCUUGUGAAUGUGUCAGAACCUAUAAUCUAUUUGGAGUACACUACCCACAUAAUAUGUGUGGCCUGUUUGAAUGAUUUGCAGAGUUGAAUGUCAGCGGUCAUUUGGAGAGGGGACUGCUUUCAAGUGAUAGUUUUGAGAUAAGCCCUUUUUUGUUUAAAUCUCUGCUUUUUCUUCCAGUGCCAUUGUCCAGUUUGGAACAAAGAACCUCUUUGUGGGCAUGUAGUUCGUAGCUUGUUGCCACUGGAUACCUGAUGGCUUAAUCACAAAGCUUGUAUACAUGGCCCUGAUAUCAGCAUAUGCACCGGUGAUGUUUUUAAAAAGGCUACUGUCUUACAGCAAUUUAACACAGUGUCCUCUUUAUUUUCCCGUGUUCCCAAAACGCAGGUGUGAUGGCUGGGUUCAAUAUGAGUGGUGAUCUCAGGAAGCCUGCAACAGAUAUCCCUCUAGGAUCCCUAUCUGCUAUAGGUGUUUCGUAAGUCCCUUGAAAACAGGGUGGUGGUGCUUAUGAGGAAACCUCCUGGUAACUUUCUUUCUGUCAUGCGUGAUAUAGAUUAUUGUAAUAUGAAAAUAGAUUUAUUUAUUACCUAACAAAUCAAACCUAGGCAGACAGUCAAAGAAUCUUCCUGGGCAGCUUAGCAAAAAGAAUAAUGAAUUAAUGUUUGUCUCCCCACCUUCUAUUUCUGAUUUAGAGGAUAUAUAAGAAUUUGUGGAUGCUGAGAUUCUUCUGAAAUGGAUAUAAAUCUUAAAAGAAAAGAGGGGGAAAGCCCCAACCUCUUCCUCUAGUUGCGGGGAAAAAUCCACAAGGAAUAUGAAACAAACAGGCUUAGUCUUUCUCUAACAUCCACCGCAGAGCCCUAGAUAAAUUCCACAGCAAAUGGAUUUUUAGAAAUAAUUCUUAAAUUAAAGGAUCCCAUUGGAUUUGAAUUUAUAAUAAAUGAGAUACACUGCUGCCUAAAUGAUGUUUCUCACUUUGGUUUACAGAUAAAUACUUUGUUUUGUAACCAGAGAUUGUGGCACAGUAGUUAAAGUACUUGACUAUACUCCUAUAUGCUUUGUCUUACUGGGUAAUAUGACUGGUCAGACUUCACCUGUGUCUAGUUCUGGGCGCCACUUGUGCAGCGACUCAGAUGGGAAUAGCAAUGAAGCAACUAUUAGAGCAUUUUCAGAACGUAGAGCAAGGAAGAUUACAUGCUACUAUCAUUGAUUAUUUACUUAAGUGGAUAGUUUUAUACUGUAGGGCAAUAGAUGUCUAACAUAAUUUAGAAAAAUAAUUCAUGGUCCUCAUAUGCUUGACACUUAUAUUUCUUUUAUUUCUUCGCAGGUGGUUUCUAUACAUAGUAUUUGUUUUUUUGUUGGGAGCCACUUGUACCCGGGUAUCACUGCGCUAUGAUUUUAUGAUGGCAGAAAAGGUAACUGAGAUUCUCUAGCUACAUAAAACGGAUGGAUUUGAAAAUGCGUAAUUGAAAACUUGCAUAUUUGAAAACAAGCUAUGGGGUUUCUGUGUCCUGGAGCUUGAGUCUGUUCAGACUAAAAGCCAAAUCAUAGUCUGGCACUAUGUAGAUGAGUGCUGGACUUGUGCACUCUGUCUUCCUCCCCUUGUGUGAUCUGAUUUGCCACCUCACUUCUUCACUUUAGUUUGCAUUUGCACUGUCUAAACUAGGCUUACUAUGGUUUACACAAGCCAAAGUCUACGUGGUUCAGGUGUACAGCAAACUUAUGUUUUAAUUCUCAGUCAGAGGCAAGAGAUUCUACCCUUGCUCCCUGAAGCAGAGCAACAUGUUACACACGUGAUCAGUAUAUUACACAAAUAGCAGCAGCAAGUAUAGAUCACAGGUGACCAAACUAUAUGAGCUAUAUGCUCCAGGAAGAGUUAGAGGAAUGGGGACAGAGAAGGGACUUACGAGGUUUUUGGAUUUCCCAAACUUCUCUUAAUCGUUUCAAAUGCCUAUAGUGAUCAUAAGGUAGUAUAUUGUAAUAUAUGUAUAUCUUUAUGCACCAAGCCUCAAAGAUACAACAUAGAUACAACUCUGUAUACUGUGCAUCUGCAGAAUUUCAUUUAUUAUGCAGAUCAAAGUUUUAUUUAUUCACUUUUCAGCAUUUGUAUGGUACUCCUUAGGCAGCUUACAAUAAAUGGCCAUUUGUACAACAAAAAUAUGGGAACUGCUGCCUUAAAAUUACACUUUGUAGCCAGUAUGAAGGUCUACUUCCUUUUGGAAUAUCCCACACAAUUUACUGUGGAAAACUGAUUUGAGCAGCUUACAUUCUCUUACAGAUCUCAGUAUUACCUCUUAACAGAGGGAUUGAACUAAGAGCCUUAAGAAUUAAAGGAGGCCAAUAUUAUCAAACGUCAAAUGUUCUGUAUUGUUCAGUAUCCCCUAUUCCUUCACUGGAACCCCAGACCAAACUGAAAUUGCUAAAUAAAAUUAUAAAGGCUCCCUUUCAGAAAGUCAAUCUUACACUUUCAGAUUUAGCCCAGCAUAACUGCAGUGAAAGUUAAGAGGAUUAUUAAAUACUAGACAUUCCAUUGUGAUAUAUAUAUGCCAAUUUGUAGCUAUGAAGUCUGAUAUAAAAGGUUUCCUUUUAAUUCCCCAUUCUAGCUUAUUGUGAUUGAAAUUAGCACUUCAUUGGUUUGAAAGUCCGGGGAGACAUCUUGAGCUAAAAGGUUCCUGCAUUGCAACAGAUUAGAUUAGAUCAGGCAUAGGCAAACUCGGCCCUCCAGGUGUUUUGGGACUACAACCCCCAUCAUCCCUGACCACUGCUAGCUAGGGAUGAUGGGGGUUGUAGUCCCAAAACACCUGGAGGGCCGAGUUUGCCUCUGCCUGGAUUAAAUGACCCUUGUGGUCCCUUCCUACUCUAUGAUUCUUUGGUUCUUUGCAUCCUUAAGGAUGCAAUUCAGCAAUUUGCCCUUACAUGUUCAAGAACAGUUUCUUAAUACUUCCAGGGUAUGGUCUGAGGACACAUGAUGUUGCCAUCUUGUUGAAGCUCAGCAGAUAUGGGUCUGGACCAGCACCUGGAUGGCAGACUACAUGUUGGCAGGUGUAGCCAGGCCCUCUGCAGCACUGAGCCUAUCUCCAAAUGGCAGAGUUCAUCAGAGCCCGAGGGAAAUCUCUGUUGCAUCCUAUCUCACACUUCCCAGUGUGUUUCAAGUCACUUUCCUUAGCACAAAAAGUCCAGUCUUUUUGGGAAGCAGGUUUGUUGCAUAAGACCUCCCAACCAACUAUAAUUGCACAGCUUCCGUUUUCUGGCACAUGAUUGACUCCCACCCCAAAAUGGCGAAAGUCUGGAAGCACCCUUGGAGAGCUCUCUUUGCUGGUCACUUAGCCGUUGAUUCAUCAUAUUUUGUUGUGCAGUAAAAAAAAGGGGGGCUAGCAAGCUCAAACAAUUUGCAACCCACCAAACUAAAAAACCCAAAACCCCUCCUGAUUUUGCUGCCAGCGUGAGACUACAAAAACAGGGUUAUUGAAUAGCCAUUCAAUUGUAGCCUGCCUUUGGCUUUUGGUUCACAAGUUAUUAACCAUCACAAUCCAUUUUAAUCCUGCUGUUCCUCCAAUGAUCUCAAGACAACUCCUAUUUUCUACCAUGUUCUCCUUACAACAACUUGUUAAGGGAGGUCAGGUUGAGAAAUAGUGCCUGGUUCACUUUGACCCAGUAAGCUUCCUGGCUGAGCAGGGACCUGAACCAAGAUCUCUGUUAUUCCUGUUGUGUAGGCAGGUAUUAAACCUGUAGACAUCAGACCAAUCAUGAUGGAGCUCUCUUACUUGGUCUGCUAGAAAGUAAUCCCCUGUUGUGAAUGCAGUUCACACUGUGUUCUGGUCUAGCCAGCCUUGUUGUCAUAAUGUGUAUUUAAUGGGUCCAGCACAGUAGAGAAAGAGCACACUUGGCUGUUACCUUUAGCAAACAAAGAGAAUGCAAGCCAUAUGGAAAACGCUAGUUUAAAUUUUGCUUUUUUCGGAAAAGAGACUGCUCAGCAAAUUCUUUCGGAAAGAAAGCUUGAGCCCAUCUCUAUUCAACAUGAAAACACAGGAAUCAGGAGACAAGGGCUUUCUUUCUAUUUUGAGCGAUACAAGGUGCUGCUGAUGUAAUAAAAAGAUUAAAAUAUGCUGACAGAAUUGCACUUUGCUGGUCUUGCGUGGCAAAUGUAAUUUGUGAAAAAUAAUGUGGUAGUAUAUUGGUCAUUUAUUCUCAAAGUAACAUUGUCAUCAAAUGCAAUUUUGUUAAACUUAAGAGAGAAGGAAAUAAAGUAAAUGGGAUAUUAGAGGUGAUCAAAUUUGAAUUAAGAAUUCCUUGUGAAGAAUUUGUCUUCAUUGAAUGGUGUUUGUGUGUGUGUGUGUGUACUUUUGAGCAUCUCAAUGAAAAGACAACUUCCUUCCAAGUUGUGAAUGGAAUGUCAAGUAGCACUUUCAAAUACAGACCUUUUGAGUAACUGAAAUUAUAUGCGAAUCUUGAUACAAUCCACUAUUGGUUUUUGAAUGCACAGUGAGAUGACUUUUAAAAAUAUAUUAUGAUAGUGGGUAGCAAUGCUAUUUUCAAAUCAGUUAUUUAUUUGUUCAUUUUCCAAUUGAAAACUUAUAUUCCUUGCCCCCCUCCCCUUUCCUCUGUUCUUUUUCUCUGUCAGCAACACAGUUUUGUAUAUGAAGAAAGAAGCUUAGUUUGGUUUUGUGUGGGCUUUAUUGGUUUUGAAAGACUGUAGGAAUUCUUUGAUCUUCCUGGUCCUGCAGACUGCCUUCAUAAGCAGAAACAAGCUGUGAUUCUAAACACAGUUACUAGGAAGAAAGUCCCAUUGAACAUAGUGGGGAAUACUUCUGAGUAAACAUGUAGGGGUUGUACUUCUAUGAUAUGCCAUAUUUUCUUAGGUGAUAUAUAUACAUAAAACUGAAUGUUUUCUUAGGAAAUUAUAUAAUUAUUAUUAAAUGCAUGUCAGCGAUAGAAGGCUUGUAAUUCAGUGGUGUGGUUCAUUGGUAGAGCAUCUGUUUUUCAUGCAGAAGUUCCUGGUUCAAUCCCCUGCGUCUCCAGGUAGGGCUGGAAGCGUCUUCUGUCUGAAACCCUGAAGAGCAGCUGCUAGUCAUCUUUGACAGUACUGAGCUUGAUGAACCAAUGGACUGACUCUGGAUAAGGUUGCUUCCUGUGAAAUUAGGGAAUACGAAGGGGAGCAUGCAGCCAGCUAUGUGGUCCCCAAAUAACAGAUGCUAAUUGAGCACUAAGUGUUCUUCCCAUGUAAGAGAACUGCCCUCUGAGAUUGCUUGGUGCAAUAGCAAAAAAUGACAGUAGCACCUUAGAGACCAACUAAGUUUGUUAUUGGUAUGAGCUUUCGUGUGCAUGCACACUUCUUCAGAUACAGUCAUACCUUGGGUUACAGACACUUCAGGUUGCGUUUUUUCAGGUUACGGACCCACCGAAACCCGGAAGUACCGGAACGGGUUACUUCCGGGUUUCAGCGGUCGUGCAUGUGCAGAAGCGCCAAAUCACAACCUGCGCAUGCGCAGAUGCGCCACUGCAGGUUGCGAACGUGCAUCCCUCACGGAUCACGUUCGCAUCCCAAGCGUCCACUGUACACUGUUUCAGUGUAUCUGAAGAAGUGUGCAUGCACACGAAAGCUCAUACCAAUAACAAACUUAGUUGGUCUAUAAGGUGUUACUGGAAGGAUUUUUUUUAUUUUGUUUCAACUAUGGCAGACCAACACGGCUACCUACCUGUAACAAAAAAUAACAGGUUAGUGUUCCCAAUCCAGGCUCAACACCCUUGGUUUGAUGAAUAGCUCUCCCAGCAUGGCACUCUCCACCCCCCUAGUGCCCCCUCAGCAACUUCAAUCCUUGUUUCAUUCUAGCCACGUGAUCCAGAAUUGGUGCAAUUUAUCCUGCAGAUGCUUAGCAACUUCAGUGUUCCUCCCUCUCCUCAUCUUUCCUUAGCAAACCCAGAAAAGGAGCAGAGUGUUUACUCAUGAGGAGCAGAAACAAUGGUAAUAGUACCCAGAUGUAGUAGUAGUUUUGGUAGUGUGUCUAGGCCUAAUGACAGAUGGGGUGCUGGUUACUUGCUGUUAAGCACAUGGUGUGCUUUUACCUGGUCACAUCUCAUCUGACUCCUGGGCAAGUCUACUCUGUCUGCUGUUUUAAUAUAUUUGCAGACCUUGCUUGUAUCUAGUAGGGAAUAUGUAAUGCAGAAUGAGCUGAGGCCUCUAGUUGUUCUCAUGAUAAGAAAAGAAAUACGAGAUACAUGUGCUAGCUUUGUUUUGUUUCCUUUUGUUAGUAUGCACAGAAAAAAAGUUAGUUGGAUUACCAGAUCAAAUGGUGAAAAAUGCAGUUUUUCUAAUUGCAAACUGCUUAAAGCACUGGUGCUGCAGUCCUUUACCCUGUUGGGAAUAAGACCCAGUAAACUCAGUGGGACUUACAUCCAAGUAAACAUGUGCAAGGUUGGGCUACAGAGUUGUUCUUUUCUAACAUAGUUUGAGAAGAAAGUGACUUGCAUGUUUAAAACAGGAAAAGAAAAGGACCCAAUCCACUCAGUGCUCAAUCUUGCACAACCCCCUUGAUAUGGCAUAGGAGCCACCUUUUGAAGCAUACAUCCAAGAUAAAUCACUCUGCACUAAAUCAUUUAGAACGUGUUUCAGAAGAACACUUUGAUUUAUAUGAAAUAUCUGAUCUGGUUAUAUUCCAUGUAAAAAAUAAACAUCUAUAACAUUGAUUUUCUUCAUUAGACAGAUAGAUGGGAUUGUUUUCCGGCUAUCGGGAGGCUUUUAGCUUUCUGCGUCUUUUCCGGUUUGAUUAUCUGUCUACAUAAGUGCACUCCCCUGAAAUAAAACUCUCUUCAGGCUUUCUUCCAGUAUGUAAAUGGAACUGAGAAUCUGCUGCAUUUCCUGUAAGCUGUGCAGGUUUCUUGCUGCUGCUAAGUGGAGCUUUUUCUAUGGGAUUGCUUCACUCUGUUCAUAGCUCAUGCUUGCUAGCCAUGCAGGGCAAAUUAAAGUGUGUUCUUUCAUGUUAGUUAGAGAUGAAAUAUCCACCAGGAUGUUUUCCUGGGCAAGCUGCACUGAAAUCCUACAUUUUAAAUUGUACUUGAACAGCUGCCAUUCAUUUCAAUCAUUUCAUUUUAGGAGAGCUUCCCAAUGGAUUGGGAGCCAUCCUCCCCGCACCCGCCUUUUUGCCAUGUUCUUUAGAGUUUAGAUUUCAACCUGAUCACAAUCAUAUUCUCUUAGAAGUAAUUAUUCCUAGCAUACUAUGUUUUAACUGUUCAAAGCUCUGCACAUAUAUUGCCUCUAUCAUCCUUACACCAGCCUUGUAAAACAAUGCUGUUACCUAUAAAUUAACAAUAGUAGUCGAGGCAGAGAAAACAGACCACUUGCAUGCAAGGCAUCCUCACUACUCUUUGGUCCUUCCCAAUAGAAUCAUAGAGUUGUAGUAUUGGAAGGGACCCCAAGGAUCACCUAGUCCAACCCCCUGCAAUCCAGGAAUAUGCUGCUGUCCCAUACAGGGAUCGAACUUGAAACCUUGGCAUUAUCAACACCAUGCUCAAACCAACUGAGCUAUCCAGGCUGACCCAAGAAUAAGAGACAUGGCAACUAAUAUUUGGGUGAAAUCAGGCCACAACUUUAUUGACAACAGAUGUAAGGAGUUUAGCAUAGGCAUUGGGUAGACCCCGCCCCUUCUGGCCCGCCUGCCAGAAUAACUUAUGGGGUCAACUGGAAAUGAGGGAGUCCCCGACCUCCAUCAAGGGGGAAUGCCCCUACUGGAUUGUACCUGGGGAGUGCUGUGGCCCAACAAAAAGUGGCUGCAGAGUGGCCUGUGUUAUAUACUGGAGGCGCUGGCUAAGCCUGGUGACCCAUGCCUGCUUGCAAAUUGCUGAUUAGGCGAGCAGGUGGGGCCAAUUACCCAGGCAGCAAGCUCGGCUCAGAGGCUUCCUUUGCUGCCCAGGAAACAGUCCUAGGGACCUCCCACAUCAGAUCCUGGCAUGCUGGGGAGUGCCAGUCUGCAGUGGCUACAAGAGAGUGUGAGUGGCCUUGGUGAAUUCAUGGCUGAGAUGAGAUUUGGACUCCAGAUUUACCAACUCAUCACCAUACUAUACCACCUCUCUUGUGUAACCCCACAGAUGUUCAGAACUGGCUCAGGGCAUUUUGUUGUCUGAUGUGGAACAGCAAAUGACACCCCUAAUCGAGGUGCACAAAAAAAUCCCAGAAACAUGUCUUCCUAGGAGCAGAAGUACAAGAAAACAAACAAAAUACCUAACAUGUUGUGUCCUUUCACAACAACUAAGGCCGUGUGCGCACAAUACCUUUAAAGCACAUUCUUGGCACUGUAGUUUGUUAAGAGUUGCUGGGAAUGGUAACUGUGAGGGAUAAACUACAGUGGCCAGAAUUAUUUGCAGGAAAGAAUGCGCUUCAAAUGUGCUUUGAAGGUGUAGCAUCUGUACAACUCAAACAGCUGCUUGAGGCAGCCACACCACUCGACCUAAUGGUAGAGCCAGCCCUGUAAUGUCUGCAGCAUUAAUCAAGAAACAUGCCAAUUUUUGCUUUGUUUCUUUUAUUUUAGGUGUCCUUGGUGGGCUUCUUAUUCUUACUUGGUUUGUAUAUUUCAUCUUUAGCAUCCUGCAUGGGAGGUCUGUAUGGAGCACCCCGAAUCCUUCAGUGCAUCGCCCAAGAAAAUGUGAUACCAAUACUUGCAUUUCUUGGACGGGGGGUAUGUAAACAUGGAACAUAGACUAAUCCACCUUUACUUUACAGUACACAAAAGUUCAGACAAGCAUACCUUUGGUUUAUCUCACCAGACUAGUAGCUAGCUGCUAAUUGAGUUUCCAGAAGCAGAGGGAUAUUUAGAUCUCCAGUCAGUCUGAGUAGGAAGCACUGUAAUCUUCCUAACUUUGUGUAAGAGAAAACCCAAACUAGCUUCUAAACCAUGAACUUUAUUUGGAAUGGACCCUCAUUCCACAUUGUUCGUACCUCAUCUGCUACCUCUCAACAUAUUCUUGCAUCUUUCUUUGCCAAAUGAUUCUCAAGCUCUUUUGUUGUUUGUUUUAAGAGGGAAGGCCUGUGGCGAACCUUUUCUCUCCAAGCCGGAAUUCAGAAACACUCUAGAACACAGGCACUGUUUAAGUGAGGGUCCGCAUUUAACUUCUAAAGCUAAUGCAUCGCAGUGUUUCUCUUUGAUCUGACAGACACACUUGCUGCCUCUGUUUGUGUACUUUUUGUUGUUGUUUACAAUUAAUAGCUGCUGAGCAGGGGCAGGGAAGGGAUUUGUAAUGAAAGUGUGGGGAGUGAGCUAACUCAUUCCUCCCCUAGUGUGGCUACGAGAAAGGAGAUUCUGACUAAACAUCAAGAAGGACUUUCUGACAGAGCUGUUCGACAGUGGAACGGACUCCCUUGGGAGGUGGUGGACUCUCCUUCCUCGGAGCUUUUUAAGCAGAGGUUGGAUGGCCAUCUGUCAUGUAUGACAUACUUGAGAUUCGUGCAUUGCAGGGGAUUGGACUAGAUGACCCUUGGGGUCCCUUCCAACUCUACAAUUCUAUGAAUUCUAUCUGCAAAGAUUCUAAUCAGAUUAUUACCCAUACAUAACAAUAUUCAUAUUCUUUCUGUUCUAACUAUAGAAAGGACCAAACAAAACCCCGGUGGCUGCAAUCUGCUUAACAAGCCUUAUCACCAUGGCCUUCGUUUUCAUUGGCCAAGUGAAUGUUCUUGCUCCAAUUGUCACCAUAAACUUCAUGCUUACUUAUAUUGUCGUGGAUUACUCCUAUUUCUCUGUCUCCAUGAGCUACAGACUUCAGCAGAGCUCCAAAAAGAUACUGAGAGAGGAUUCCAAGGUCGUGCUCAGCUGUUCUCGGCCUUUAAUACUGGACAAGCCAUCCUGUUAUGGAUCAGGUGGAAUAAUGCAAGGCCGAUCUGAUGGCACCUUGCUAGAAUUCACAAAAGACAUGGAUCAUAUUUUUAGGCCUCCCAGCCAAGACCCAGGGGCCAAUCUUGAGGGAAAAGAAAAGGACAUGGGUGUUAGCCAAAUGGCCAAGCCCGGGAAGCAGAAGAAGGCAGUCAAACAAACGUUACAAGACAGCUUUCUCUUGGAUCUUGGCAAUAACAUUGCCUCUACCCAGGAUCUUUGCAGUGGUGACCUGGAAUCCAGUGACAAAAGUAUGCAGAGCUUUUCAGAGCUGAAUCACCAGGAUGAAGAGAGUUCUGCUGCUGUAGGACCCAAGCGGAAGCAAGACCAAGACAGAGGCCAGCAUUUUGAAGAGAGGCACAAAACUGCCAGUCACCAAGUGGAAGGUAACAAGAAACACAAUUAAACUUACCUUUUAAAAUGAAGAAUAUUGCUGGUACUCCUCCAUAGGCAAGGAUGGAAAUUGGUUUUACAGGGUCAGUCUGUCAAACCUGGCAACAAUUUAUCCUUUUUUUCAUAACUGUAGAGUCUGUUUUAAUGAUUCACAAGAGAUUCUCCUCUAAUUUGCCAGUGGAAAUGUUGCCCAGAUUUAAUUCAGUGCAGGAAGAUUUACUAUUUACAGUGUACUGUGCCAAUAGUCUACAUAUGAAACCUUUCACUGUGAGAUGUAUCGCAACAUUUAUUUUUACCUUGACAUGGGAGGUAAUUGCUUCCAAAAGUUAACAUCCUAAACAUCAACUCUCCAUUCUUUACAAGCAGAAAUGAUUGUGGUGGUCUUCAUCAGAUAAUUGUGGUCUAGAAACUGAAAUUGUUCAGUUUCAUGCCCGUAUAUUUUUCCCUUUCCAAAAUGUUGCCUUCUGCAUAAUUGUAGUGUGAAAAGGACCUGCCUGAGGCAUGCAGCGUUCAGUAGCUAAGCUCAGCAAAAGCUCUCCUUACCUAAACAAUCUUAUUGGAAGAUCUCAUAAGUUGGACUUCUGUGUUAUCUGAAUGUGAAUAAAUUCUAAAUUCUGUGAGCAGAACUAGUUGUAGCAUAAUAUAUUGCGAUUGGCACAAACCGUGUUUCCAAAUAAUUGGGAUUUUCAUUUUCAUUUUUGCAAGGAAUACAGUAAUAGGAAAGGGAUGGAGAAAGGAGAAGAGCUGGAGUACUGGCCAGCUUUAUGUUCUGCACGUAUAGUGAUAUAUUUAUGUUCCUCUGAAACCUUGGAGCUUGUCAGGGAAGCCUCAUGCCAAGAAGGCCACUCCCUCAGCAUCUAUGUGAGUAGCCCCCUUGUUGUCUUGAUUGGCCAACAAAGGCUGGACUGUAGACAGGAACAAAAACAUCUGCUUAGUAGUGGGGAAAUUGUUACCUGAGCCUCUCCAAACCCCUCCUCCAGAGGAGCUGCCAUUGAAGAAUCCCUUAAUUUUAGCCCCUUUCUUAACUAACCAUCUUCAGUAGGCUCUCCUUGCAGAGAUUUUGGCUCUUGAAGCAGACUAGGGCUUUCUUGGGACUUUCACAUCAGAGAAGGAGAAAAGUUAGCUUGCUGUUUCUAGAAAACUUCAGAACAACACAGCACCUGAUACUUAAAUUGUAUCCUCUGAAAGCAAUAGGUUUUUGGGGGGUGGGAGGGAGAAGACACUGCAGCUGGAUUUGAACUUCUGACAGAAGAAGGAAGAAGUUUUGUUCAGGCAUAGUGAACUAUGUGAUCCCUGUCAAGGGCACUUGAGUGCCUAGGCCUGAUCCUUCAGAAUCUAUCCAUUGUUCUACUGUCUCUCUCCUUCUGUAGAUUUAAAUGUAAAACAACAAAGCCAAGAAUUAGAAAUUCAGAAAAUGCCAGCAUCCUUCUACUCCAGACUCUGUGACCGUUGGGUUUCCCUUGUUGGUGUGAGUUACUCUAUAAUAUUUCAAACCUUUCUUUAGGAUAAUAAGCAAGUGGCAACAAACAUUACUUACAGAUCCAUAGGGAUGCUUCAAGCUUCACAGAAAAGGUUCCAUAUAUAUGAUGCAAGAGAGUAUCUUUGAAUAUGAAGUUUUAAUCGGUAUAGGUGUUGGGUUGGAAACCUAGGAAGAAACAAGAAGUAGCAAAAAAGGUAAUGCAAUCUGGAGUGAAAUGCCAGGACACUAUGAGAUGCUUCAAAUCAGGGAACUACAAAAUGAACCAGCCAGUUAGAGUAUAGCAUCACCAGGAACCUGUUCACAAUUGGGUAAGAUGGAACCCAAUGGAGUUAAGAUUUCAAAAUUGUUGUUUUUCAGUAUAGAUAAAACCUACCUUGUGAACAGUGAUUUAGGGGGCUUUAAAAGGUGAGUAUACAGAUGUGGUGUAUCAGCAACUAUUAACCUUGAUGGUUACAUGGAAUUACCAGAUUCAGAAGCAGUAUGCAUAUGAGAUGCCCUACUUCUGGGCUUUCCAGAAGCAUCUGGCGGGUCACAUGAUUGGAAACACGAUGCUGGGCUACAUGGACGCUUGGUCUGAUUCAGUAGAACUCUUGUGUUCUCCUGCCUGUCACUCAAACUAAAUGGAGCUAAAUUUUCAGCUGCUUUUCCCAUUUGGAUCACCAUGUGCUCUUUGAAAAUUCUAAUUUAGACUAAUCACAUGCUCAGUCUGGCAUCUGGAGAAUGUGGGUCAUGUAAUUUGCUUCAUUCUCAAAAUGCAUCUUGUUUCCCAUGCCACUGAAGACUUACUCAUUAAAUGAGAGGUUAUCCCCCGCCUCUGCUAAGUACCAGAAUGGGUUUUGUGGCAGGUCCUGAAAAGUUGUAAAAAGUAGGGUGAGACUUGGAAUAAUUAUUCUAAGCAAUUUGCUCUCCUUCAGAUUGCCUAGCUAUGUUUGAUUUUAAAAUAAAGUAAACAUUCUGGGGGGAAAUGGCAGCGCUAGUUACUGUACCCCAGAGUAAUCCUACAUUUUCCAUUUUCCAACAGGCAAUAGGAUCACUUGCAAUUAUGUUUGUUAUUCAGUGGAUCUACACUCUUGUUAAUUUGGGAUUAGCAAUUAUUCUAUAUUUCUACAUUGGCCAAGUGAGUCCAGGGCUACCACCUGGUAAGUGUUUUCACUUAGAUCGGUCUCAGUUUUCAUUAUGUUUUAGUUGCAUGAAAAUGUCCCAUCUUCUCAUUGAUGUUAACACUUUUUUAUUUACUUGCUUAUUUUUGUAGCUUAGACUAUCAAAAGUUGUUGGGGUGGAGGAGGAGGAGGAUGAUAAGAGCAUAAUCAAUCCAAUUGUUGCAGAAGAAAUGUUAGGCAGAUAAAAAUGCAGUUACACUUUCCAUCCCUUUAUUGAUGUAACCCUAAUCUUCCAAUGCAACCCAUUCUCUUGCACUACUUCUGAAAGACUCUGAGACUUGAACAUUGGGAGUUCUCAGUGGAGAUGAAUUUCGUAAUGAUGGGAGGAGAGGAGGUGUCACUGAGAACGUUUCUCCAUUGCUCUCUUCCUCUCUGAACCUGGCAGUGUCUGUCUGACACGGAGGCCCUGAGCUUAACUGCGGAUUACAUGUAUGGUUUUGUUGCAAGUCAUAAAAUAAGAUUCUUUGAAUCUGGGAUGAGGAACCUGUGAAUCUCCAGAUGUUGACUACAAGCUUCUGUCAUUCCUGACACUUAGCUUGGUCUGACGAGAGACUGGGUGCAGCAACAUCUAGGGAGCCCCGCAGGCUGCCCAUUUAAAUAGCUUGGCUGCAUUUAGAAUGAUCAGGCUCGACUAGUUAAUACCUUUUGCAAAAUAUUUUAAUUUAUUCUGUUGCACCUUCAUGGAAUAAAUUAGGUGGAGUUAUUGCCUUACAGGAAUGUUGUUUUUAAGAUGAAAAUAUAAGUGGGUCAUAUCCAUUCAUAACCUCCCAUCCACCCGUCUAGAUAAAUCCUCCUGAGAAAAAUGCUUCAAAGAUUGGAAUCUCAAUAAGAAUCUCAUUAAAUACCAGAAUUUCUGACUACAAAGCAGAAGCCCCUUUGAUUUAUGAAGUAAAUCAUGUUAAAUAUUCAAGAAAUGUAAUCUGAGGAAAUACUCUUUAAGCUAAAAGAGUAUUAAAAGAGUCUGUGCAUGUCAGGUGUUUAGGGGUUUUGUGUGUGUCUGAUUUAGAAUGUAGUACUCGAUGGCACUAAAAUAGCAAGUACCAUAGUCUAUCGUAGUGGUUCCCAGGCUUUAAUUCAAUUUCACUGACUAUGUCUUAAGAUGUAGCUCCCUGAUUCUUUUUAGGGAUAGUUUUGUUCUUACAAAAUAUAGCCACAGAGGAAGCAAUUUGAGAGGAAGCAAUUUGAGGUGAACUGCAGGGGCAGUUCUUAUCUUUUCACCUCAAGUCACUGCGGGGAUGGCCUACUCAAACCUGUAGAACAUUGACAUGUGUUUUACUCUGGUUUUUUAAACUUAUGGUUGAUUAAUUAUUUUUGAAUGUUUAAAAUUGCUGUUUUAACUGCCUUUUUAAUUUCAUUGAUAAAUUCUUUUUGUAAACCAGUUUGAGGGUUGUUUGUUUGUUUGUUUUACAAUAAAGCAGUACAUAAAUUUUAUUAAAUAAAUAAACAAACAGCACCACCCAAUAUUGCCCACACUGUGCAGAUUUUACCUGCAUGGUUGCCUGCAUGUUUUCUUGAUGGGUAAAAUGCAGCUUGUGGGAGUUUUUUUGGUAGAAAAGGGUUCAAGAUCACCUUCUUCCCUCCACAACAGCCCCCUCCCUCUUUCAAAUCAUAGUCUCAAUGACUCCAUUUUGUAAAGAGCAAAUCCCCCCCCCCCCCAAAAAAAAGAACCGCAGAGCUUCAUGUCAGAACAUAAGGAGAGUCCUGCUGGGUGGGUGCUCUCAACCAUAGGAGAUAUAAACCUCUUACCAAAACACCAAGGAGAGCAAGGUUGAGGAUGUAGUGCCAUCUAAACAAACCUGGGUCAAGCACAGGGAAUCACUUCAGGCCAAAAAUGUGGCCCAGAGUUAGGCUACAGUCCAGGGUCAAUACUACAGGGAGUCUGGACAAAGUCUAGCUAGGUUUGUGAACAAGGGGCCAGCAACUUGAAGCCUCAAGAGGGAGACCUUAUAUACUCUGCCCCCCUAGAUCUCAUCGUUCAGGGAUUCCUUAUUCAUAAGAUCCUGACUCUGCGUCCAAAGACACAUGCCAUCACUUUCCAGGCCUGGACCUUUUGGCACAAGCAUGCUUUAUGCAUGUAUGUAUGUAUGACAGUCCUUCACCCGAGGAUUACAGGGCAGUUUACAAUAUAAAAGCGCAAAAAUACAUAAUAUAGUAAGGAACGAAAGCAAUACCCCCUCCCGCAAUUUAAACGGCCAUAGUUUGUUUAAUUAGCCGAAGGCAGGGUGAAAGAGGAAUGUUUUUGCCUGAUGGCUAAAGAUAGGUAACAAAGGUGCCAGGUGAGACUCCCUGGGGAGAAUAUUCCACAAGCAGGGAGCCACUGCAGAAAAGGCCCAUUCUCGGGUUGCCACCCUUCAGACCUCUCAUGGGGGAGCUACAUGAAGGAGGGCCUCAGAUAAAGAUUGAAGGCUCCAUGUCAAUUCAUAUGGGGAGAGGCAAUCCUUGAGGUAUUGCAGUCCUGAGGCAUUUAAGGCUUUAUAGGUCGAAACCAGCACUUUGAAUUGUCCUGGAAACUAAAUGGCAUCUAUGCUCAAACUGUCUUGCCCUCAGGUGUUAUUUACAGCCUGUAGUCACUGAUUCAGCGACUAUCGCAAAGCCUCAAUUUGAGGAGAAAUAUGAAAAACACAUUCCCACCAUUAUUAAACCUUUAAACUUUGGGCCAGCUUGGAUUAGUAAGGAUCAAUGCAGAGUUUUAGAUUAUGUGUCAAGUUAUUAAGAGCAGUUUAUCAAUAGUGCAACUUAUUUUGUCUUUUUUUUCUACAGGUGUAGCAGCCAACUUCAGCUUUUUCCAAUGGAUAAAACAACUUUUACUUAAUGCCUGCAGGUUGGUGUUAACUAGGAAAAGAGACGUUUCAUAUCCUUAAUUAAUUUGAGAUUAACAGUGCAGUCCUAUCCAUGAGUAAAAAUUAAGUCCCAUCGAGUUCAGUGACACUUAAUCCUAGGUAUAGGAUUGCAACCUAAGUUAUUUAGAUCUCAGAUAUAUUACAAAUACCACAAUACAUAUUUCUCAUAAGCCAUUCAGCAUAGCUAAUUAAGUAGAGGCCAAGUCAUUCUUUCUGCCCUGCUUAUAAUGAAUCUUGGCUCUCCUACAACCCACCUGCUAAAUCUAAAUGGAACCAUACCAACUAUAAUCUCACUUUUAGUAGAUUCUGAGGGAGCAAGAAUUUUGCUACACUUCCUAAGGUAGGGUUAACUGCACCACCUCCAUUUUAUCUUUUACAUUGCAGAGAUGCAUAACGUAACAACUUAUACCCCACUUAUUUUUCAAAAUGUCCAGUUACAUCCCCCAGAGCCACUGAAACAUUAACAAACUUGAAUGAACAGAGGUGCACUUGAAGUGCACUUAAGUGCACUGUACGGUGCAUUCUUGAAAUGUAUCAGCAGGUAGUACAAUUACUUUAUUGAUUCUGAUUCUCUGGUUGAAUGAAGAGCAACUCCAUUGUGUCCACAAGGAACCAAUGAGGGGGAAGGAGGAAGACCUUAAAAUUAGUAGCGAAAUAUGGGAGAAUAUUCUGGUUGGUCAUCGAGGUCUCCACAAUAAUCCAUAUUAUAUUAUGGAUUAUAUAUUAUGAUUGUUAUUAUGGGGUGUAUUUUUGUGUUUUUUGUAUUGUCAAUUAUCCUGUGAUCUUUGGAUGAAGGGUGGUAUAGAAAUACAAUAAUACAUAAUAAUAAUAAUAAUAAUAAUAAUAGUCAUCAACAGCUACACUUUGUUGGAUUUAGAGCUGUAUGCACUCUUUUAUGGAUAUGUGUGUGUGAAUAGCUAUAAUAUUAGUUUUAUAAGUACUUGCACUACCAUUAACUUUGCCAUAUUAAGAGUAGAAUUACAUAUCACACACAGCAUCAUUCUGUGAUCAUUGUACAUAACUUUUUUUCUACAAAAUGCAGCCACUGAGGCUAUAGUGGGGUUUUUUUGUGGGUGGGGAACUUUUUAACCCUUUCCCUCCAAGUCAUUCUCUUGCCAGAAAUCACCCUGACCAAACCACUCAUUUACAGAAUUCUGAACUUCCCUGGCUGUUUUGAGUUAGCUUCUCUGGCAGGGGUACCGAAUGACUCCCAACCAGAUAGCAUGGUCAAUGGUCAUGGAUGAUGGAAACUAUAGUUAAAGAACAUCUGGGGAUGUGGGUACCAUAUUGGCUACUCUUCUCUAUAGGUCCUUCUCUAUGGUCAUUUGCUGCUUUCCGCUUUCCCAGACCCUCCAAGUGUUCCUUCUUUUGUUGUAUUUGCUAUUGCUGCUUCACAUGUUGUAAACACUAGCUGUGUACUUACCAGAUGACAUAUAGAGCAAAGAAGCAAAGUCUCUUACCUAGUACCACCUGUCCUGGUAAAUACAAUAUUAAUUUUAAAUAAAUUUACAAACCAAUGAAAUAGUAAGAAUCAAACUAACUGAGGGAAACCUUCAAUUAGGGUUUAAAAAAACAAAUGAACACAAGUUUAGGAUGCUAGAAAUAUGUUCUUACAUUCUCUAACCCUGAAAAACUCAGUUUCAGCUUCCUUCAGUUUUUGUCAAAGAAUUAUUGCAGUUGCUCUAUAUCCACAGCAUAAUGUGAAAUUGCCAUCCAUCAGAAACCAUGUCUCUUGAAAUACAGAAGAGCAUCAUAGAUGAUUAACACAUAUCUUACCUUUCUUUGCUUGCCAUUUUCCACAUCCCUUAUAUUUCUUCCUAUAGGAGUCCUUGUUUAUCUUUUCAUUUUCACUACUUUGCAUGAGUUCAUCUGUCAGCAGGUACUUCUACUAGAUACAAAGGAGGACAGCAAUCUUAAUAACUUUUAGUAAUUUUGUAGAAGAGGGCAUUUCAGAAGGUGCAACAUUAGGCACUCUUCCUAAAUAUCUGAACCUGCCAACUCCCACAUCUCUACAGUUGUUACAGGAGCCCCUUUCCUAUAUCCCAUGCUGCUCUGUGCUGUACAUCAGGAACAACCUUCCUUUGUAGAGUGUUUCUCCCCAGAUGAUCAAUUUAUAAUGCAACAAAUACAAAGUUUCUCAUUUGUUGAUAAGCAUCUUGAUAUCUUCUCUUAAGGAAGUGCUUCUGUUUGGGGACUAAGCAUUCAAAUUGCAACGUGCUGUUAGGAAAAUGCAGUUCUUAUGCAGUUAGAAGAAUAUAGCAAUUUGAAGUGCUGUCUGGAAAGUGGUAGCAAGAGUACCAUCGGAUGUGGUCCAGAAUUUCAUUGAGGAUGAAUAACAACUCCCCUCCCCACAACAUGCCUUUACCAUAUUCUUUACCACUGGCAAAGAGAUGUCUUUCUUGGGAUUAGAUGUUAAUUAGACUCAAAGCAAAGUGUGCAUCUGACCCUUGUCAAUGUUAGUCUCUUAGCAGCUAGUUUUCACUUUGAGAAAAUUGCUAGCAUUUUUGUGAGUUCAAGGUGUAAUCACUCUGUGGCCACAACUGGUGGCAUGGAAACUCCCAUAAUGUGUGCCUCUUGCAGUAAGAACAUGUUACAAGUAUUUUUAGGGGCUGUAUUUACUCAUUCUCUCUAUAUGGCAAAACUGCCCUAGUUGGAAGCAUUUUUACACAUUUUAGUAAUUCAAAAGGCCCUAAUGACAUUAAGGGUUUAAAUGCUACUGCACUUCCUACAACAGUUUAAGAAGGAUGCUUCUGCAAAUUAGAUGUGAAUGCAGUUGAGAUUGGUCUUUAGUACAUUUAAAUUCACAUUCAGAAUAUAAAAGUAUAAUUUUAAAAGGGAUUGAAUAAGUGUUUAGUAGUCUUUUAUGAUUUUACUGAAAAACAACAGAAGUGCAGGAUGAAUUUUCUGGGCCUUUUCAUUCUUUGAAUUGUUACAUCCUAACUGGAAAGCACUAAAAGGAAACGAGCAGGCAUUAUUUUACAUGAACUGGUCUUCAGCCAUAAGGUAUAGAUUUAAUUGGACCAAACAUUAGUGCAGUUUUAUAUGCCUGGAGCAUUUGAAGCAACUGGGAAAUACCGUAACCGAAGAGACGCAAGUGUAUGUAUUAAGGGGGAAAACCUUCACUGACCAUUUAAAAAUAAAACUUACAUAAGGAAAGAGUCUAUGAUGAAUUUUGGCCAAACCCUCAUGUCAUAAGGGAAAGUUUGCAUUCUUUCUUCAAGUGCCGUGUCUUUGUGCAUAGCAGAGUGGAUUCCUUUUCUCUUUCUCUUUUUUUUCUAUUUUUGUUUACACAGUUCAAGAGUGCAGCUGCAGAUGUAUUGGGAAACAAUGGGGCAUCUGAAGGUUCUGCGUUCCUUUUGUUUUUCAGGGGAAAGCCAUCCCCGGAGGAGCGAUUUGUUGUGACACCGUCCCUUGCAACAGUUGGCAUGGAGACCACUCAGCUCACAGAAGAGAAUACAGAUUUUGCCUCCCGGGACCGCUACCACCAUUCCUCUCUUAUCACCAGAGAAGAGUUUGUUAAUCGGUUCCAAUGAGAAAGCAACAUGCCCAUUCAAUCUGCCAGCCAAUUAAAAACACUGGCCACAGACACACCACUUGAUUAAAAGGCUUUCCCUUUUAGAACCGAUUUUAAUGAAUACUGAAACUUCCAAUUAAAGGAGGGAGUGGGGGGGGGAGUUUUAAAGCCUUGGCUUCCAAACUCUGUUCUGUUCUCUUCUAUUCCCCCCCCCCCAAAAAAAAGAGUUUUGCAGCUUUUCCAGAACAUUGGGGGUGUUAGUGUGCGAUAACUCCACAGUUCAUAAUUUUUCUUUAAAAAAUACAGUUUUAUAAAGUUCUCUGGUUUUGUUGUAGAUUGUUUAUAUGACACGCUUAAUUCUAAUAUGUCCAUAUCUUAGCAUGUAAUUCAGAAAACCAUAGGUACAGGAUACCAGAAGAAUGAAAAAGGGAAGCAACAGUAGUCUUCAGUAUAGGUAGACUCAGCAGGUGAGUUGCUAGACAACUGAGCUUUGGACACACAGUUUUGUCAGACUUUAGCUGCCCAGAAAGAACAAUGCUAAAUCUAUAUGUAGUGCCCCUUAUCCAUGUAGUGUGAAACAGACAGCCCCAUAUCAGACACGUUCCAUGCAGCAACUGACAAUUUUUUAAAAAAUGUAAACCAUCAAAGCUUAAAAUGAGGAUUGCAUGUUGUGAUUGGGCACAGAAAUUAACACAGAAUUAACAAUAAGCUGCAUGCAGACAAGUGAGCAGGCUGGCAGGAGUGCUCUCUAACCUCUCUCUGGAUCAAGCAGGCCGCCUGAGGAAGGAAGCCCCCCAUCUCCACAUUCUGCAUAGAAGUGCAGUGGGAUGUUAGAGGAGGGAUGGAGCUCCAUUUCUGCCAGCUUCUAGAACAUUGUUGUUGUACUUUUGUAUGCACAUUUACAAGGCUGACUUAGAAACCCUCUUGACAAUUUUUUUUUAACAUGGCUGAGUGCUUCUGACCCUUAAGUCUCUACCCCACCCCCAGCUACUGUGACUAUCUACCGUUUUUAUCUACUGUUUUAAUGAUACCUGGUGGUUGUGUGGAAGACAGGUCAUCAAGAGGAAUCAUGUGUUACAUGGACUCAGACUGGAGCAGUACCAGAAUUCGGUAUCAUGGUGCUUAGGGUGGACAACAUGAAACAUGCCCCUGCCGCCAAACCAACCUCUUAUUUUAUGACGUGAAAAAUUAACAGCAGUUGUAAUAAAACGUUAAACAGCAAGUAUAUUUCCAGGUCUGAAUUAAUUGACUCAGUUAGUGGGUACCCAUGGAUUAUUUUCAGGAGCUCUAAGCUUGUUGCUGACUCUGGAACUGGGAGAAUUGAUCUGGAAGCGGCAGUAAGUGCAGAAUGCUGCAGAAUGAGUGCUGACAGGAACAUGACCCUAUAAGCAUGUAGCUCCCCUCAGAAAUCUGCGCUGGUUGUCUAUUUGCCACUGGGCCAAGUUCUAGGUGUUAGUAUAUAAACAUAUGACCACUAGUUGGGUUGCCUCACACAGUAUACGCCUAUUUGACCACUUUGAUCUGUAGAACUGGCAUUGUUGGCAGCUGCCACGUAAUACAGUGGUACCUCGGGUUACAUACGCUUCAGGUUACAUACACUUCAGGUUACAGACUCUGCUAACCCAGAAAUAGUACCUCGGGUUAAGAACUUUGCUUCAGGAUGAGAACAGAAAUCGUGCUCCGGAGGCGAGGCAGCAGCAGGAGGCCCCAUUAGCUAAAGUGGUGCUUCAGGUUAAGAACAGUUUCAGGUUAAGAAUGGACGUCCAGAACGAAUUAAGUACUUAACCCGAAGUACCACUGUACUUCUAAAAACAUUUUUUGUUUAAGCAAGCCUAUCAAGACACAAAGAUGAUCACAUGUUUUAAGCUUUUUAGCUGCUGUUGAUUUUAAUCUUAUGAAUAUUUAUAAUACCUGUUUUUAGCAACAAUUUUUAAUGUUUAGUUUUAUAUUGUUGUAAACCACCUGGAGGUGGUUUGUUGGUUUGUUUACAAUCAAACGGUAUAUAAAUUAUGUU